AUGGCUGAAAGCCAGAAGAAAGGAGGAGGCUUUAAAAGUAAGUAGCCAGCAGAACAGCACAGAUUUGGACUCUGAUGCUUGCUUAAAUCUGAGUGCCUUGGAGGCUGAGCCUGCAAAAGACAUCAGGAAAGAGGGGUUGUGCAGGAGGUGUGCAGGGGUCGCUUCUCCCCAAACCUGUGUGGUGGCUGAGUUGCCAACUUUCCCCCACCCACCAAUAGGGCUCCUGUGCUUUUGAAAACCAGUGCAUGGCAUAUGGAAAUCAACAAGAGAAGUUUUCACCCAUCCUGGAAACACUUGCUGCACCUGUUGCAUUUUCACCUGUUUAAAGGCACAGGACUCCUGAAAAGCGGCUCUGAAACAAGAAAAGGCUGCAUGAACGUAGGAAUCUGCUUUAUACGAAGCCUGGCCACUGGCCCAUCUAGUUCAGCCUUGCCUACACCAUGAGUGUCCCGUGUGGCACCUUCUAAAUUCUGCCGCUUAUGGCUCCCAUCACCCCUUCCCCCUGGGGGUGAUAAGGUCUGGAGUCCAGGAACAUCUGGACAGCACCUGGUCUACACUGACUAGCGGAGGCUCUCCAGGUUUUCAGAUGAGGCUCAGGGACUGAACCUCGCAAUUUCUGCUGGCAACACAGGUGCUCUGUCACUGAGUUGCACUCAUUAAGGUUCCAGUCCUCAUCAGGGCUGAUGUAAAUAUGAAUAAAGGAAGGCUGCUUUAUCAAACCAAAUCAAACCAGAGCCAAUCUAGUAGACUAGUGUUGUCUUCCCUGACUGGCAGUGGCUGCCCAGGGUUUUAGACAGAGAAGGAGAUUCAUCGGCUCCACCUGAAAAUGCUGGAGAUUGAACAGGGGACCUUUUGCGUGCAACACUUUUGCUUUGUCGCUGAGCUGCAGUCCUUCUGUGAGAGGCGAGCCCAUACUGUUUUGGGGCUAUUGCAAAUGUAACUCGAGCGAACUCCUUGUAUUUGACAUGAGCAGGUGUCAGCUGCUAGCUCAAGAGACGAUGAACUUCUGAUGCCUUCAUCUAGGAAGUGGGUAGAUAAUAUAUGAGCUGUCGCUUGUUUUCUUACAGUGGUCUAGAUGCACCGCCACACACAGCUGACAGUCUCCACAUUACGUCCGGUGGGGCGGGACGGACAAUGCAUCCAUGUCACUGUUAGACAGCAGCACACGCUACAGCUCAGAUAUUAUCUACCCAUGCCCUAGAUGAAGGCAUCUCAGUCCACUGGACCUCAUUGAGACAAAACUCCACAGCAGGUUCCUGUGUGCCUUAUGCUACUUUCAGUGCCUUUCAUUUUUUUUGGAGUGGGAUCUACUUUGUGUGAUCUACUUUUUGGAGUUAAAGUUUUUUGAACUCCAUCAGAACAAACAGCAGAUAUGGUGCUGUGCAGAUUUUACAAUAAACAGACAACAAAUCCCUAAAGCUUCUUUGCACAGGCAACCCACAUUCUGCAACUAAUAAAAGCAGACCCUCCAAGUGCCCCUAUUUUCCUGGGACAGUCCUGGGUUUCCAGAAGCCGUCCGAGUUUCUGAUUUGACCCAGGAUGUCCCGCUUUUCCUUAGGAUAUCCCUAUUUUCAUUGGAGAAAUGUUGGGGCGUAUGGAAUAAUGCAACCCCCAAACCAAAUAAAUAAGUAACUAUACAACCUUUAUAAGACAUCUGAUGGCAGCCCUGUGUAGGGAUUUGUUUUUCAUGUUUAAUGGGUGUCAUAUAAAUGAUAAAAUUAUUAUAAUGGAAUAGGACGUUGCUAUUUUCAUUGGAAAAAUGUUGGAGGGCAUUUAAAAGUUGGCAUGUACUGGGCUGGCAAGGGCAGAAUUAUGUGCACUUGCACAGGGCGUAGGAGCAAAGAAGCAUGUUGCAGCCCAGCCUCCUCAGCCUUCAAAAAUUGAUCCACCUCCGAUCCCUUUCAGUUUUUACCAGGUUUUAUUGCCCUGCUCUUUCAAGGCUGUCUUGAGCUUCUUGAGGACUAGAAACUAAAUAAUGGGGCUAAUCAGAGCAGAAGCUUUAAAGACACUGAAUUGUGGUCCCAAGGGCACCAGUUUCUGCAGAAAUGUUGAUCCCCUUAGCACAGAUUGCACCCAGCAGCUGGUAGAAGGUGGAAGAUGUUAACAUGCAAUUACCAGUAUAGCUAGCAUGGAAAGAGACAGGGGUGCAGUUAAUGGUUUAUGGGGAAGGAUGGGAGCCCCUUUUUAGAAGACAGUAUGCAUCUCUUCAUGGCCUGCUGCACCUGGGGGGCUCCUCCUGCUGACCUCCCCUCCAAAGACCUGCCCUGAGGCACAGCAGCUGCACUCGAUGCCUCUGAACAUCCUCGUGACUAUAUCGGCAUGUAAUCAGUUGUUCUCUGCAGCUGGGCCAAGAACCACACUUUUCCUUCGCAGCUGUUUGUGUUUUGCUGUGAGAAGAGGGAGGGCAGUGACAGCAGGUGUCCCUUUGCAUAGAUUUCUGAGGCUGGUUGGCCUGGAAAUUUCUUCCCAGCCUUCCCUGAGGGAUUGUUUAUGCCUGUGUCUCCACCCAACACAAACCAGUUUAACAGCCCCCCCCCCCCCCCCCGAUCUCUCAUCUCUUGCCAGUUUGGUCUCCCUUCUUAGGCUUCUUGACUCUGGUAUCUCUCUUGCCAGUGUGGCAGGCCCAGCUGAGUUCAGAGUGGAAUGAAGCAAGCACUUCAUGCCAGCAAGAGAAUCACAUUUAUUUUACCGUUUCUGUACAAACAACCCCAAAACACACAUCCCCAUAAGUAGAAAACUAGCACGCGAAUGAACAGUGUGUUUAAUUCUUUACUUGCAGGGAGGUUUUUGAAAUGUAGGGGAUCAGUGGCGGAGGGACCCUCCUGUGGUGCAAUUGUUCAGUGUGCCUGGCUGCUGGUUCAAGUCCACCCAGGGACGGCAUUGGGCAGGAUUCCUGCAUUGCAGGGGGUUGAAAUAGAUGACCUUCAGGGCCCCUUCCAACUCUAUCAUUCUAUGAUUCCCUUCCUGCAGUCAGAAACAACACAAGUCAUUCUACUGCUUUAGGAGUCUAAUUCAUUAGGAGGAAUGAACAGACAGUCCCUGGUAAAUAGGGAAAGUUAGUAUAUGAAAUUGUGUUGUGGUCUUGUAUAUCCCCAAACAUUGGUUUAUUGCAUUUCAUAUCCUACCUUUCUUCCCAAGAGCUCAGCGUGGCAUGUAAACUUCUCCCGCCUUUCCCCAUGUUUCAUUCAUUCAGCCCGGACACUGAGGUCUAGCUCUGAGGCCUUCUGGCAGUUCCCUCGCUGUGAGAAGCCAAGUUACAGGGAACCAGGCAGAGGGCCUUCUUGGUAGUGGCACCCGCCCUGUGGAAUGCCCUCCCACCAGAUGUCAGAGAGAAAAACAACUAUCAGACCUUUAGAAGACAUCUGAAGGCAGCCCUGUUUAGGGAAGCUUUUAAUGUUUAUUAGGUUAUUGUAUUUUAGUGUUCUGUUGGAAGCCGCCCAGAGUGGCUGGGGAAACCCAGCCAGAUGGGCGGGGUAUAAAUAAUAAAUAAUAAAUUAUAAUUAUAAUCCUCACAACAACCCUGUGAUGUAAGUUAGGCUGAACGAUAACAAGUGGUCCAAGUUCACCCAAUAUUCCACGCUGCGUUAAAACAACACAAGUGUAAAACAAUACAAGUGUUAGUAUUUUUUUAAUUAAAAUGUUAACAAAUGUUAUGGGGAGGAUCCUAUUGGUCUCAAGAGCAGAUGUGCCAUGGCUAUGGUAACUUAAUUGAUAUCGGUAGGCCUACUCUGAGUGGGGCUUACUUGGAUACAACUCAGAGCGGUGGGGCCCGUUUCACUGCUUGAGGCGAAACAGGAAGUGCUGUCUUGCCCAGCCACUGCUACCACCCUGUGCCCUGCUGGGCGGCACCAAAUUCAGGCAAGAUCGCACCCAAAUCUCGCCCAAAAUAGGAGCCAGUGGCAGUGGUGCUUCCCUGCCAGUGAUGGCGGUGGUGGGGCAGGCCACAGGAAUGCCACCUGGGGGCAUGGGCAUAGCCAGGAGGGCAAAUGCCUUCCUAAAUCAAGUAAAUAAAUAAAAAUACUCAUUUCGGUAAAAAAUAAUUUGGCUCUGCCCACCUAACAUAAAGCCUGCUUCCCUAAUAUCCCCCUAAUCCUGGCUAUGCCCGUGUCUGGGAGGCUGCCUCACCCUGCCCAAUGGCUGGGCCAUCUCUGCCCUUUCCUUAAACCCUGGGGAGCUGCUGACAGUCAGUGUAGACAAUACUGACCUAGACAAACCCAAACGCUCUGACUCAGUAUAAGGCCGUUUCCUAUGUCAUUUGCUUCCUACGUUGCUAUAACGUGGACCCUGGUUUCCCAGGUUCUAAUCUGGUCCAAGGUGACCUAAGGAACUUUGCAUGUGGGUCUUCCAAACCUCAAUCCUAGUUUGAUAUUCUCAUUAGCACUAACUAAUACAGAAUCUUCUGGAAUGUGCCCUCUCAAAACCACCAACCGUCUCCUUGUUUUGCUUUCUCCAGAAUUAUUUAGGUUUAAAGGAUUUGGGAGCUUGAGUAGCAUUCCACGGACGUUCACCUUGCGGCGUGUCUCUGUUGCUCCCAGCACUCCACAGGCCCCUGGAGGGGGGCUCCUGUCCUCAAAUGGCUUCUUGGCAACCACCAUUGAAAGCACGCAGGACGACUUGAAUACUGUUCCCAAAAGUCCGUCCCCAUACGCUCGGUCAUGCGACAUGUACAGCCACAUGGGGACUAUGCCAAGGAAGUCGAAGGCUAAGGCCAAAGACAAAGGCACGCCCAAGGAGAAGGAUCAAGAUGCAGGGUCACAAAUUGGCCUGGCACCUGUUCCCCACAAAAACUCUUCUUUCGUAGCUAAGGAAGCAAAGCAGAAGCAAAAAUUGCCUCCACCCAAAGCCGACCACAGUCAGGCCCACACCCAAUAUGUGAGGCCCACCACCAUGGUCAACUCCUCAAACUCUUUUCCAGAGCACAGGCAAGCUUCUGCUGCAGGACUCCCAAAGGAAACAGUGAGGAGAAAGGAGGACUUUCUUCAGGUGCCUGGGAAGUCCUCCUCCAAGAGAGCGCAGGACGACUUGAAUCCUGCACCCAAAAGCCCAUCGCCGCAUGCCCGCUCAUGCGAUAUGUCCAGCCACGUGGGGACCAUUCCACGAAGCAGUUCUGGAAAGUUGAGGGAAAAGGCCAAAGGCAAAGGGGCCCCUCAGGAGGCUGAGCCAACCACCGCCCCAGAGCCCAGCUUGAUAGCUGUGGCACCUUCUCCCAGAAAAGAUGCUCCUAUGAUAGCUGUGGACACAGAGCAGAAAGCAAAAAUGCCCCCAUCUGAAUCCAAACACAGCCAGGCCCACUCCCAAACCAUGAGGCAGGCUGUUGUGGUCAACACCUCAGACUCUCUUCCUGAGCCCAGGCAGACUCCUGAGGGACCCAAAGAGAAGACGAAGAGGAACAAGCAGGACUCUCCCCAUGUGCCCAGGAAGCUCAGCUCUGAAACUGUGCAGGACGACUUGAAUACUGUGCCAAAAAGCCCGUCCCCAUAUGCUUGCUCAGGUGAUAUGUACAGCCACAUGGGGACCUUGCCAAGAGCCAACUCUGGGUGGUCAAAGAGGCAGUCCAAAGAGGAAUCAGUGAGGUGUGAGCAGGAUUCUUUUCAGGUCCCUCGAAAAGCUGCCGAUAUGGAAGCUCCCAAAGAACCUAUCCUGUCUGGAGGGCGAGCGCCUGGAGAGGAAGCCCUUCAAGAACACUCAGACAAGAGGUAAGACAAGAGAAAUAAUCUGUGGCUGAAGAACUGCAUUCAAGGAACAGCAGCUCUCAGGUUGUAUUUCUCUUGGAUAGGGGCUGCCAAAGUGGCUCCUUCCACAUGUGACUGGCUUCUGUCUCUCAUCAGCCCCAGCCAGCAUGGCCAAUAACAGGAUUGUGGGACCUGUAGCCCAAAAACACCUAGGGGGCACUACCUUGGCUAGCCCUGUUGUGGGGCAAAACAGAGGCAGAUAACCUCCAAAGGCAGAAAGUGCUGUUUGAAAGCUCAUCGUACACUCAGAUAAUAGGGAAGGGGCCUAGUUUUUGCAGAUCUUUUUCCUGGCUUUUGAAGUGGGCACUGUUACAAUAUCAGGAUGCAGUAGAUUAGAUCUUAGUGUGUGUGUCCACAAUGGCACACCUUCAUUGCACACUGUGUUUUUGAAUGCUGUAGUUCAGUUCUUGUAGGUCUGUGGUGCAUUCAGUUCACUCCUUUGCUGUUCUCAGGGACAGAAUAUUACUUAAGAUGGGAGCUGCCAUGUUUGUUGAUACAGUUUUUGUCCUGUACAGUGGUACCUCUGGUUGCAAACAGGAUCCGUUCCGGAGGCCCGUUCACAACAUGAAAGGAACACACCCCGCAGCAGUGCGUCUGCACACGCGCGGGUUGCGAUUUGCUGCUUCUGCAUAUGCGCGUGGUGGCCUUUUGCAUGUCUGCGCAUGCGCGAGCGGCGAAACCCGGAAGUAACCCUUUCUGGUACUUCCGGGUCGCCACGGGAUGCAACCUGAAAAAACAUAAAAUGAAGCAAACGUAACAUGACGUAUGACUGUACAUGUUUCAAGCAUGGGGUGGCAGUAACACAGGGAAGGAAAGCUGAACCUCCUCCCCACCUUCCUUCCCUUCCCAUCCAUCACCUCAGACGUUUUCCUUUCAGGCCAGCUCUGAUAUUGGAAAGCUGCCUCAGGGGUCGGGAGGUGAUUGGGGAGGAGACACCCAAACCUCUUUUAUUAUAAAAACCCAGGGAAUGGGUCCCCGGCCCAUACAUGCACAUGGUGGAGAAGCGGCGCAGUGGCACCAAUUUUCGGCAAGACCUCACCGAAAUCGCAAGAAAUCCUGAGCACACUGAAAUAUUUCAACCAAUACUGGAGCCACUUCUGCGCCGGUGUUGGUGCAGGUGGUGGGGGGGCCGCCCUGGGGGUUUCAGCUGCCUGUGGCAGCCCCCUCAAUCCGUUUAAUGGCUUAGCUUGCUCUGGAACUAAGUGGCAUAAACUGGAAGUAGAAUAUAAAACUGGAGGAAAGGUACUGAUUAGGAGCCAGUCACUCCAGAUACCAAUGGCAUAUAUUUGGAGGAACUGUGUGAGAAUUGGCUGGUAUAGACAGGGCAGUCUUAAGCAUAUCCGGCGCCGUGGUGCUCUCUUCCUGCAGAGGCUUGGGAAGGAAGCUGCACGCUCGCGAGCCAUAUAGUUGGCAGGGCGCAGCUGGCGGGUGUGCAGGGAAAGGGGAGGCUGCCGGCAAAGCCGCGCAGCUCCCCCACUCGCUAGGGUGCCCCAAGAGGCCGGUGCCCUGGCGCAACGAACCACUAACACCAGUGGGGAAGACGGCUCUGGGUGUAGAUGAAUAUGCUCAUAAAAGAUGGGUAAGAACAUAGCUCAGUAGCAGAGAACAUGCUUUGCCUGCAAAAGCUGUCAGGUUCAAUCCCUGACGCAGGCCUGGGAGACGCCCCAGCUGAAACCCUGGAUUACUGCUGGCAAUCAGGGUUGACAGUGCUAAACUGGGCAGACCAAUGCUGUGGCUUGGUAUUCUUGACUUGGUCCCUACAUGAUGGAAACAGAGUUAACAUCAGGGCUGGCUUUUCUUUAUUUCAAACUGCCCUUCAUCAAAACAGAUUCUGUGGUGGUGUGUAAAACAACAGAGAUAAUAUUUUUGGUAGUGUGUAGAAUGUGGAUUUCUUAUCAUUCAAGCCCAGAUGUCAGAUUAUGAGACAAAUAUGGACCGCGCAUCCUGAAGCCAGAGUUGUGAGUGCUUCUGUAAUACUUAUCCUGAGCCAGGAAUCGCAAAUGUUGUUUACUGCAGAUUCAGGGGCCGAGCUUAUUCUGUGUGAUUUCUGGAUAGUUCUUAUUUUCUACAUAACUGACUGUAAGAGGCAGGCGUGUGACAAUGGGGUGUCCUGACUCCUUCGUGGUAUGUGCUUUGUGCGUAUUCAUUUUGCACAAGGUUUGUGCAGAGGUCACACGAUGUCUGCUCCUCAUCAAGCAUUCAGUGCUCCAUGCUCUAGUAACUUUGAGAUUGGAUUGUUGCAGUGCACUCUGCAUGGGGCUAUCCUUGAGGACAACUCAGAAACUUCAACUGGAUUAAAAUGCAGUGGCUAGAUCAGGGGUCCCCAAACUAAGGUCUGUGGGCCGGUUAAGGCCCAAGGGACUCAUUUAACUGGCCCACGGCAACCCUCGCCACCCGCUGCCCCCGCCCUCUCUUACUGGCACUGCGCUGCGUGGCUGCCCACUUCCAGGUUGGAGGAGCACCGGAAAUAGCUUGUGCACAUGCGCAAGCGUUAUUUGUGCAUGCGCAGGUGUUAUUUCCGGUGCACAUCCGGGUUGGAGGAGGCCCAUGCACAUGCACACAAGCUAUUUCCGGUGCUCCUCCAACCUGGAAGUGCGCCAGAAAUAGCGUGUGCACACACGUAUGGGCACGCGCUCCCCCGCCCUCCACGCAAUUGGCGCUGGAGACACCAGCCCGAGGCGCAGUAAGUUUGCUGACCUCUGGGCUAGAUUAUUGGCUUGAGUUGCCUUUAGAACCCAUAGAACCCUGUUAUAAAACGGCGGCAUUGACUACCAAUUGAGUUCCAUGCCCAAUUUAAGGUGCUCCUGUUAGUGCUUAAAGCCAUAAAUGACUAAGGCCCCAAAUACCUGAAAUACUGCCUCCUUCCCUGCAGUUUCUCCCAGGUUUUAAGAUCAACAGAGGGAACCCUCUUGGUAGGUCCACCUCCCUUGGAAGUCUGGGGUUAGAUGGAAUUCCCGGUGUGAGAGAUGUGUCUGUCUUCUUCACAAUACAGCUUCCCGUGAAUACUGAACACGCACCUCUUUACCCUGGUCUUUGGAUCUGAGAGGUGCGUUUUCAGGGUCUGCCCUAUUCCUGUAAUUGUAAUUAUGUUUUAAUUGUUUUUAAUUUUGAAUUUUAAGUUGUUGUAACCUUCCCUGGGACCAGCAGGUGAAGAGAGGUAAUAAAUUUGAUGAGGAGGAAGAUUAUGGUAAUUUUGCCUGAUUUGUUUGCAUGAAUGUUUGUAUGCCUCCCCACCAAUCAAUUAUUAUCCAGCAUUUUGAAUUCAUUUCCCCACCCCAUUCAUAACCAGAAAAAGUUUUGGUUUUUUGUGGGUUCUUUUUAAAAAGAUUGAUUUAUCAUGGAUAGGGUAGUCAGGGGAUAUUGACAGAAAGAGAAGUGGGCAUUGUUGGUGUUUGCUUAUUUGUCCCAUUUCUGGAAGAAAAGUAGUCCAGUGAACAUGAUCCAUAGUCACUGUUUUCUGUCAUCAUAAUGAUAUGCCCGUUAAUUGCUCCCCUAUUUGCAUUAUGUUUCCUUUGCAAUGAAAUGAAUAGUGUGGAAUAAUGUAGUUAUAACAUAGUUAAUUAUGCAAUCAAUUACAUAAAAUUUCACCAUAGUGAACAUGGAGACGAAUAACAUAGUUUUUUGUUGUUGUCAGAAGUCAAACUGCAGCAGAAACAGAAACAAUGGCAUGUGCAGCAAAUAUGAAUGGAAAUUUAUGCCUUCUUGCAUCCCUAGUUUUGCCAGUGCUUUGAUAUAUUUUAAUUGCACAAGCUUAAAUUUAACUGUGGAAAGUUUGUGUGUGUGUGUGUGUGUUUAAAAAGGGUAGGAAGGGGCAGGAGAUGCAGGGACCCCUGCUCACCCCCUAACAACACCCAUUACUUUUUAAUACGCUCCUGUCCUGCAGCAAACUAUCAUAACAUGCCCCUUCCUAACAGCUCUCUCAGAUAUACAUACAGAGAGACAGACAGUUUGAGGUUUGUUUUCUCAGGCGGUUCAUGUUAUGGAAAAGCCUCCAUGCAGGCAGCAGAUGCCAGAAGUGUGCUAAUGAAGAGGAAUUUCUCUCAGUUCUCAGGCCUCUGCUUGGCUCUGCAUUCCAGGGAGGGAGGGAGGAAGGAAGGACAUGGGCUUUGGGGAGGAGAGACAGAGACCAAGAGGGAGGGACUCCUGUUCACACUUCCACAAGUUCACUGCCGGCAGAGCGAGAGACCGGAGCGGCUGAGAAACCUGCGCGGUCAGGACAGUGAGGGAGAAAAGCAUAUUUUCCUCUUGAGGUUCAACAGCACAGGACAGAUGAUGACAGAAGUGGGCAGGCGAUAUCACACCAGGUAAGCAAGACCAGCCAUCCUGAGAAGGAAGAGGGAGUUGGUCAGACUUGGAAUAUAGGGACAUAGGAAGCUGCCUUAUGGUCCUCUUCCACUUGUCAUUGUCCACACGGACCGGCAAAAUCCCACCAGCAUUUCUAGCGGGAAAGGGCCUUUCCUAGUCCUACCCAGAGAUGCUGGGGAUUCAAGGCAUAUUGGGCAUACAAAGCAUGUGGUCUGGCUGCCACCGAGCUACGUAGCACCCCCACUUAGUGACAUAGGCAGUGUGCAUUCCUGUUUGCCCUGCAUCCAGUGCGCUCCCACCACUGGCUCAAGAAGAAGUUUAUAUACAAUGUUAGUUGCAGCACAUAUCUAUCCUGUUUUCGUUGUUUUUUUAAAAUGAAUUACAGCAUUUUGAUGCAUUUCCCCACAAUUCAGCUUCACUCUGAACUGGACAAAAGAACAACCUAGCUGUGUUUAAAGCCAGGGAUAUAACCUGAGUCAGACCACUGUCCCACUAAGCUCAAUAUCGUCUUCUGUUCUACUCCGGGUUGCAACAGCUCUCUAAAGUUUCCAACAGAGGUCUCUUCUACAGAGGCCACAGACUGAACUUGCAAAGUAUGUGGGCUGCUGUACCGGUGAGCUUCCGCCUGUCCCCAUUUAUAUAGACUGCCUCUGCUUUUCAGCUGUGUCGGGAAGGACAAUAAAGUUUUCUGGCAUAUUCGAGACUGAUCUGUGGUGGCAUAAACAUUACCAGGCAAAAGUCUACUUUGUCGGAGGUGUUUGUAGAAUAUUAAUGCCCACACUUAACUUUGCUCCCAGGGUAGAAAAGUGGCAAUGGUUGAAAAAAAGAGGAAUUUGGUGUAGGUAUACUUCUCAAUCUGAAAGUCAAAGGUCUUGGUUUGGCAAAACUGGCAGAGUGGGAACAUGUCCGCCCUAAAUGAAGGCACCACAUUGUGCGAGAGAGUUGUGGGUUCCUGACUUCCACCCUUCCUUAAUCUUGGGAUAUGUGUGGAUAAUGUUUUUCUUGCAACGCUUGGAUGGGAUGGAUGUCUAAUAGCUGGAUAAGAUGCAAAUCUGGAUUCUUUGAAAAGUGAUGUGUAGAUAUGCAUAAAGAUUGGUAGAUACAGCUCUGCCUAUUAUGGAGGAAUGGUUGAUAAAACUAUUGGACUUACUGUAGCUGAAAUGGCAAAGUUAACAUGUUUAAUUAGAUAAAAAUCAUUAUUGACAUUUAUUAAGAAUUGGAAAUUUCUUUUGGACUUUUCAUGUGAAAGAGAAAAUGAACUUGGAUUUGAAGACUGAAAAAAUACUGGCUUAUAAAAAAUAGAAUAGCUGAAUGUUAAUGGGUAAAUACUGUAUUUAGCUGACAGCCAGAACUGGAAAUAUUUUUUUUAUCUUUUCCCAUUUCCUUCUCUCUCUCUCUCUCUCUCUCUCUCUCUCUCUCCCCCCCCCCUCUUUGUUCCUGUUCCCUUUUAUAUUAGAUUUUUAAAGUAUUUAUUUUAUUCUGGUGUAUUAUAAAAAUAUACUUUGUAUUGGGUAUGAACUUUUGUAUAUCUUUUGAUAAGUGUCACUGAAAAUAGACCUUAAAAAGUGAUGUUGUAGACAUGUUGUUGGUCCUUUUGUGCGUCCCAAAUUGGUCUUUGGUCGUAAUCUGGGGACUCAGCUGGAUUGGUAAAGAAAAAGCCAUUUGAAAAACAGUAACAUAAUUUUAUUAAUCUAGAUUUCCAAGGCAGCCUACAAAAGAGACCCAUAAAACAAAUAUAAAACAGAUCAAAAACAUCAGAAACGAAAGCAGUUAUCGUAGCGAUUUAUAUGUGUUGUAUAUGCGAUAGAACACUGUGCCACCAGAUGGCACUGUGGAGUCCCAUCUUUCCCUACCAGAUUUCCCUGUUUAUAUUUACAACGCAUUUCACUGAAAUGCUUCUUUCAUGUGUCUAGAUCAGGGGUCAGCAAGCUUUUUCAGCAGGGGGCUGGUCCACCGUCCCUCAGACCUUGUGGAGGGCUGGCCUGUAUUGGGGGGGGGAUGAAUGAAUUUCUGUGCACCACAAAUAACCCAGAGAUGCAUUUUAAAUAAAAGGACACAUUCUACUCAUGUGAAAACACCAGGCAGGCCCCACAAAUAACCCAGAGAUGCAUUUUAAAUAAAAGGACACAUUGUACUCAUGUAAAAACACACUGAUUCCCGGACCGUCGGCGGGCCGGAUUUACAGGGUGAUUGGGCCGCAUCCAGCCCAUGGGCCUUAGGUUUCCUACCUCUGGUCUAGAUCCAGCCUGGGUCAUGCCUAAAUGUAACUGUUAAAUAUGUAGCAUUAAGUGACUUAUGUGUGGGCUGACUCAUUGUGGGUCAUUCACCACAGGUAGAAUUCUAAUGCAAUCCACGUGAAAUUCGCCACUUCUAAGUCCCAUGAAAAGCAGUGGGACCUGAGCUAGCAGCAACUAACUUCAUCCACCAACUCCAAUAGGACUCCUGUCAUGCAGCUAACAUUUCACUGGCUCACAGCCAUUUCUUUUUCCAGCAGAGACAGUUUGUACACUGGAGUCAUCAAGCUGCUGAGUAAUAAAGCAGUGAAAGAUGGAGUGAGGUGCAUUCGUGAGUCAGCUAAUCUUUUGCACACCGGUUUUAGCUGCAUGUUGGGCUGAUGUUAGUGAGCAGCGUGCAUAACUGAGCAAUGUUCCCAUGUAGGAUUUUGCCUGCUAACACCGUACAGCUGAGUUUUCCUCCCAAAGAUCUAUUACAACCUAUGGGCUGAGGAAGCUGUUAGAUCUGUAGUUGUUACUGGAUUCCCAGUUCAUGCUGGGCCAGGUGGGAGUGGCUCUUGGGUUUUUGGGGGGCCCCUUAAGAACAUCCAAACUCACCCUGCUAAGUAAGGUUGAGUAGCGGAGGGUGUUGCUUAGUUUCUGUGGUAUCCAGGAGUGCCAACUUGGCCCCAGGGUGCCCAGGGCUGUGGGUGCCAUGCAGUGUGUGUGGCUCUGGCACUGAAAUUUGUGGGUGCUUGGCACCCUGGGUCCCAGGGAGUUGGCACCUAUGGUGGCAUCUUCCUACCAUUAUCAGUCUUCUGGUUUAGAUUCUCCACUAAGUUUUUGAGGAAGUACAGACUUCCUAGAAACGGGGGCAGAACGUCACUAAGUUAAACUAAGCUCCUGCCCUGAAGGGAGGUAUACUGUUUCCUCCUUAGCCAACUUAUCUUCACACCAUCAUCAGGUAAGAUCUGUGCGAAGCUGCAGUGUCACCAUAAAGUGCAAUACUGUACAUUUAAAAUGUACAUGGGGAUGAAUCAAGAAUUGUAGAGUUGGAAGGAACCACGAGGGUCUAGUUCAACUCCCUGCAAUGCUGGAAUCUUUUGCCCAAUGAGGGGUUCAAACCCACAACUCUGAGAUUAAGGGUCUCAUGCUGUACUGCCUGGGCUACUCUCACUUCUAAGACCUAUUCAUUAUUACCUUAAAUCCCAUUGGUUUCAGUGGAUCUGUGCUAAGUACAACUUUGCACUGUAUCCAGUACUUGUCAUGCCCAUUAACUUCUGUGGAUCUACUCUGAAUAGGAUUAACAUUUGCUACAACCCUAAACCUGGAGUCAACUCAUGGUAUAUUUCUCCCCAGUCACCCAAUAACUUCGUCUUUAUCUUGUCUCAGUAUUAAUCUUUACAGCAGCCCUCUCUGUAAAGUAGGCCAGUAUUGUUAUGUAUUUCCAUAUUGAAUAUGAAGAGCUGACGCUUAGCUCGUGGUUUACCGUAACUGGGAACUGAACUACAUGAAUAAUUGCAAAUACAACAUCUGGAACCCUGUGAAGGUAAACACAGGUAUUGUACUUCAGUGUGGGGGAGGGGGAAUUGCAGCAGGAGGAUGGCAGAAAGGAAAAGCAUUAAGGAAAAGGGUUAAGCACUCAUUCUUCCCACCCCAGCACCUCUUCUCAGCUCUAAGUCAGCUGUUCCUUGAAGGAAGGGGACUGUGGGAGUUUCGCUGCGCACACUUGUGUGUAAUGAGUAGCUUUCUUUAGCUACUCAGUGGUUUUUCUCCCCCCCCCCCCCAAAAAAUUAUUCCUUUUAUAACACAAAUAAAAAACACAGACAGAAAAGACAAACAAUACGCACAAAUUCUUGUCAUAUCCUUAUUUUCCUAAACAUUGUUAAGUUGGCUUCCCCAAGUCCUACCUAUCUGAUUUUCAUUUUACUUCAUCUUUAGCAGUUUACAUAUAUCAUAAUUUCUAACCAUCUUUUUUAUCAUAUUUAAAAUAACUUCACAUUUUAUCACUUACAAAUAAUACUAUUUUAAAAUACCCUAUCUUCUACUUCUAAUGCUACAGCCUGUAUCCACUUCCAAAGCUAUUCUAAGCUUUAAAUGUUAACAUAUUUUUCCAAAUAUUCCUUAAACUUCUUCCAGUCUUCUUCCACCGUCUCUUCUCUCUGGUCUUGGAGUCUCCCGGUCAGUUCGGCAAGUUCCAUAUAGUCCAUCAAUGGCUUUUCAGCCACAUCACAUGUAGGAAGCUGUAGCAGGAGCAGGGCAACAGAAUGUUUCUGAAGAUGGUGGGUACAAAGGCGAAAGAGGGUUUUACUAAACGCUCUCAAUUUAAUGGAACCUCCAGAUGUCCUUCUGUUGUGCAUUUGUGAUGGUUUGUGCUCAUCAUGAUAGUAUUGCGCUAGAUUGAUCCGACUUUUGUGCUUGCACACGCAGGGGUUUGGGGGUUGAAAGACUGCUUCAUUUCCAAUCAGUGCAUGCCCUGUCAUUUCCUACCAAAAUCCUGUAACUUUUCAUACCACAAAUGUUCUAGGUUGUUGCUGUUGUUCUUUCACAAGUUUUUUGGGGGCUAUGGCACAAAAGUGCCCCUCCAGAUGGCAAUAAAGCGGCACAGAAAAACCAGUCCUGGGAACUGUAGUUUGUUAAGGGUGCUGAGAGUUGUUAGGGGACCCUUCACAGAGCCACAGUUCACAGCAUUCUUAACCAUCUACCAUUUCCAGUAUUCUUUUGGUGAAGCCAUGGCUGCAUCGUAGUGUUAUGAGAGUGUUUUAAAGGCAUGGUCAGGUAGAAUUCAAGGCCGCUUUUAAUUGCCCAUGACUUUGGGAGGGGAUAGGUGCACAUCUCUAUAGUUUGCAAAACUAUCUGGGAAGGGCGGGAUAUAAAUGUCAAUUAAUAAAUAAACUUCUGAGGUUAAAGGCUGAACUAGAUUUGAUUAUAUUACAGUACAGUGGUAUCUCGGGUUACAUACGCUUCAGGUUAUAGACUCCGCUAACCCACAAAUAUUACCUCGGGUUAAGAACUUUGCUUCAGGAUGAGAACAGAAAUCGGGCGGCAGCAGCGGGAGGCCCCAUUAGCUAAACUGGUGCUUCAGGUUAAGAACAGUUUCAGGUUAGGAAUGGACCUCCAGAACGAAUUAAAUUCUUAACCGAGGUACCACUGUAUCUAGCCCUUAUUGGCAAUAUCUUUUUAAGCUGGUUCUGGGGACUCUGAGCCAGAUCAGGGCUAGCGCUCAGGGGUAUUUUUAUCCACAGCAGAUAGCAGGUAUUUGGCAGUUGGUUCCAGUUAAAGCCCGCUGACUCACCUAGUUCCCUAGUGCCACAGUCCCAAUUCACCUCCCUCCCCAGUGCUGGUAAUUUGAUUUUGAAAAAUCACUCACAGGAACGUUAACCUUUUCCUUUCACUGCUCCUCUUUCUCUGCCUUGUCCUCCUCCUUGCAGCCCAACCGCCUGCCCUUUCCCAGCCAUCUAGGGGGCUAUAUUUGUGCUUUUCCUUUGACAGUUUGUGCUGCUGGCUCCCUUAAGGACAGCUCUCUCUCUCUCUCUCUCUUUCUCCCUUUCCCUCUCUCAUAACCUUAAGGCUUGAUAAAGAAAUGUGGUGAUGUUGGGCUGGGGGAACUGACCCACCUUUUAAUCUCAAGACCGUUUGGGGUUUCCCUUCCACCAACGGCUGAGUGGCUGAAGAAUCUCUCUGUAUGUGUCUGUGUGCUGCAAACUUUUUUAAAAAAUACAUGAGUCUGAGUCAGAGAAAGAAAGAGAUCGGUUGUGAAGGGCAAGAGAGAGCUAAGAGUCUGUAGGUUGCUAUUUGAAAGAUGCAGGAGGGAGAGUGAAACUUGAAAGUUAAACCUCCACGUGGCUAAAUCCAGUUUACCCUCUGUAAUCAAAAGACAUGCACAUUGGGUUGUUGUUUUUUAAAGUUAGUCCCCUUCAUGAGUGGCACUGAACACUGCCUUUUUUGUCUGAAAUGUGCUAACCUGCUUUACAGCGUUGUUGUGAGGAUUGCAUGAAUGCCCCCAGCCAGCAUGGCCAGUGGUCAGAGAUUAUAGGCGUUGUGGAAGGCCAUGGGUACCCCAUCCCUGAGCGAAAUGUUUGCAAAACAAAAGACUGUUCUCCAGGAACAAUAUUGUGAUAUGUUCUUGGAAUAUGGGGAAUCUUUUGGACAUAGGCACUUUAUCUUACUCUUGGCAUCUCUUAUUCUUGAAGACAAGACUAAACACAGUGAUGUUAUCAGUUAGCAGCUACAUACAACCCUCUCACUCUCUAGGGUUCGUCUCUAAACUCCCAUCCCAAUGCUUCCUGUAAGGAAAUGUCUCUAAAUUACUGCAAUCGCUACACAGCCUUUCUCACAAAACCUUCUCACAAGAGGUUUCUUCCAUUUUUGCCAAGUCAUUAUGGCAGAUAAUUUCUCUAGGAACUUUCUAGCAUGGCAAAAUUGCUCUAUGAUUCUCAGCUACAGUUCAUCCCUUGUUUUCUGUAAGAUUCAUUAAGCAUUUGCUGGUCCUAAAGCAAAGAGGGCCCUUUCAGAUAAACAGGUUGUUGUUUUUAUCUCAGUAACACAAAAUUGUUACUAUGCUUUGUAGUAGACCUUGCAUCACCCCAACAUUAGUUGUGCAGUGCUUUGUAUAAGCGGGAGUGUUUGAUCAUGGAUCUGCUGCCAAGGUUUAAAGGUGGAGUCUUUCCUCAGCUGGGACCUCUAUCACAAUCCUGCCUGAUGGAGAGGUCUCAAUUCCAAGGGAGGGACAGAAGCUCCUGACAAGUUAUUAGGUAUGAGAAGAAGGAAGAGGUCUAAACUUCAAACAGUAUGCUGGGGCAAGUGGUUCAUUCCACUUGCUGUUGUAAUCUACACCUCCAACCAGAAAAUGGCUUUCAGAGAUGGAUCAUGCACAACUUCUUAAAAGGCAGGUUUAUUUUUAUUUAUUUACUUUUAAUUUAUAUAAACAAUAAUAGGCUGCUUUUUGUGGCAUAGUCAACCCAAGGCAGCUUACAGCAGUACAGAAAAAAUAUGCACCCAUCUCCCUGAUUUUUCCAAUGAAACAGCUUCAUUUAGGCAGUCUUAUUGCAGCUGAAAAAUGCCUUCCACGUUUCGCUGUCAUGCAUCACACAUCCAAAUUUACCUUUGCGCUGUGCUUUCUAGGCACAGGUCUGGGCUUUCCAUAUCUGAGCUGUUGCUUUUUUUUUUUACCACUGAAUUGUAGCAAAUGGCAGUCUGCUGGAAACCCAAUUGCUAUUUGUUUUGAAUUAGCAGUAAAACAUUUUUCCCCUAUCAAAAGAGCCAGGACGGGAGCAAAAAACCCCUGCUUGGAUGCAGACCUGGAAAGCUCAGACCUGUGCUUAGAAACAUGGCACAAAAGGAAGCGUGGACAAGCCUUUAUUCAUGCCCAUUCAUUUCAGUGGGACUACUCUGAGCAAGCUUAACAUUAGGUUCACCCACACCCCAGCUUUCACUUGUUGCAUUUGUUUUGGAAGGAAGGGAAACAAAAGGAGUCCCAGUCAGCCUCUCUUUUCACUCCCCCCCCAACCAACACACUCCCCCCUAACCAGGUGUUCUCACACUUAAAACCGAUGUCUCUCCCCCACUCCCUGCCACUUCAGUUCAAAUAUGGAAGAGCUCUCAGAAAACUGCACAGGCUUUCUCAUCCUUGCCCAGCUCCACACCUGAGCUUCCAAAAGGGCCCAGGCAGGGCCAUAACAACUUGGCCAGCUGGUGCUCCCAGGCUGCAGAGCCUACUUCCAAACAGAGUACUGGAAUUUAUCCCAGGCACUUUGACCGGCUGGGGGGAAAAAAGAGAGAGAAAGUUUAGUUUCAUUCAAGAAUCCCACGGGCCAUUCAUUCGCAUGACUCCCUGAACAUUGCCACAAGCCGGCCUCAUCUCAGGAUGAAGUCACAGCCAAAGACAUCUGCUUACAGUUAGGAGACGGAAAGGGUUAUUUAUAGUAUUUUCAUUCUUCCCUUGUGGCAACUGAGUGGAAGUCCAAGUUGGCGGGGGGGGGGGGGGCCACACUGGUACUUAAGAUGUAACUGUUGCAUUUUACAAGCUGAGGGGCCUUGUGUCUUUACAGGGAGUUCCUUAAGACCGUCUUAAAUUCUGUUCCCCAGUUGCUCUCAUGCUCCCAAUUUCCUGCCUGGAGCCCUCACUCCCUCCUGCCCUGGAAUUUUUCUCAUGGUUCUCCCCAGUUGCUGUCCUUGCAGCGUGUGAAACAAAUUCCCCCCACCAGACAGCUGGCAGGCUAUGAAAGAGGAGGCUCCAAAUUAAAUGGUGCUUCAGAAAGCCCAUAUCUGAGAGUCAAUCCUGUGAAAAUCACCCCGUUUGAAGCUGGCAAUCACAGCCACCUCCAGUAUGUUUUUCCCAGCCCCGUCAUGAGCUUGUGUUGUGCAUUCAACGCUCCGAAACUACAGUGUACUGGGCAGCCCACCAUGCCAUUCUCACAUUAAUUCUGUGCGAGAAGUUUGCAAAUAGGUGCACUGUCAAGAGUUCACAGGAAGGAUCUUGCCCGGAAGCAGUGACUUGGCAAGGUGGCAAUCUGCCCUCGGUAUCUGCCCACAGAGGAGGUAGCUAGAUUAGAAGCUAUAAUGUGCAUAUGGUAAUGUAUAGGAAGUUUAAAUAGGAAUACAACACAUCUCACCCUAGUGGGGAAGACUGUGACCAGGUGAGCUGAGUACCUGCUGAAUGUGCUGUCCCUCAGAUGCCAAUGGUUGAUGGGCAAAUCUCCUCCUGCUGUCGGUUCUUUAGCCUUAAAAUUGAUUUUGAUUCAAUAGCCUUUCCUACGACUGUCCUUUGCAAAAUAGGACACAUGGCUACCCUAGACUAAAGUAAAAGGUAAAGGACCCCUGGACGGUUAGGUCCAGUCAAAGGUGAUUGGGUGGAGCGCUCAUCUUGCUUUCAGGCCAAGGAAGCCAGUGUUUGUGCUUUCCGGGUCAUGUGGUCAGCAUGACUAAACUGCUUCUGGCACAACAGGACACCAUGAUGGAAACCAGAGCACACGGAAACGCCUUCCUGCCGCAGCGGUACCUAUUUAUCUACUUGCACUGGUAUGCUUUUGAACUGCUAGGUAGGCAGGAGUUGGGACAGAGCAACGGGAGCUCACCCCAUCGCGGGGAUUCAAACUGUCGACCCUCUGAGGCUCAGUGGUUUAGACCACAGCACCACCUGCAUCCUAAACUAUAACCCUGUGCUCAAAUAUUUGAUUUGAAUUUGUUUGUUUUUUUAGACAUGGGCAUGUAUAUUUUAAGAAUCCCAAAGUCAAAAGAUAUGCUCUGGGUGUUAUUGCUGUAGUAUAGUGGUACCUCAGGUUAAGUACUUAAUUCGUUCCGGAGGUCCGUACUUAACCUGAAACUGUUCUUAACCUGAAGCACCACUUUAGCUAAUGGGGCCUCCUGCUGCUGCCGCGUCGCUGGAGCACGAUUUCUGUUUUCAUCCUGAAGCAAAGUUCUUAACCUGAAGCACUAUUUCUGGGUUAGCGGAGUCUGUAACCUGAAGUGUAUGUAACCCGAGGUACCACUGUAAUCAUAAAAACUGACCGGUAUAUUUAUCUUCUAAGAAAGAUAAGAUGGUGCAAUCUUUAAUAUUUAAACAUCAGGUGCAUUUGUGCCUGACAAACUGCAUGUGUCCACUUGGCUUUCUGAUGGGCAGGGAUCUCUCCAAUUUCAACCUCAUUUCAAAAGUUGCUUUUGCAGCUUUAGUGCCUAGUGUUUCCCUGUUCCCUGGAAGCAGACAUCCCUUGCUUCCAUCUGAGUGUUCAGCUCCAUUCAAAGCAAAAAGUGGUAUUGGGCGUGAAGAUUAAUGCUCAUCCACACUUGUGCUUGUUCCAUGCCUGUAAAGCAUGGGGUCAAGAGGCUCUGGAUCAAGGAUGCAAUGGUUGCUGUUUUUAAAAGGCACAACUGUGCCAACCUUUGUUGCCGGACGUAAACAAAUCACCUCUUGUUCUCAUAGUAUAGUCUUUAUAUAUAAUCAUAGGAUGGGGAGGGGCCUUGGAAGUACUGCAGUCUAAUCCACCCCCUGAUGAAAACCAGGGAUCUUGCAACCACAGCGCCCCAGUAAAAGAAACCUCUCAACCACCCAUGUUCCCCAGCUGAGCAGCUUUUACUGUGAAGGAAGCUCUUCCUGAUGUUUAGCCGUAACCUGCUUCCCUGCGAAGAAAUUAGUCCGUGAUGAGGUGUAGUGGGGCUGAGAGCAGCCACCCUUUGGCCCCAGCAAGCGUGAAUGGAGGCCUUGUCUGGCUCCUGACCCCAGGAUCCGGUGAGUUAUUUUCAGUCAUCUUCACCAACCACCCUUUUCCGCACUGCAAGGUGUUCCUUCAUGUUCCCGCCAUUCGGGAACAUUUCAGGGAAACAGAUGGGAGGAGGGCAGAGCAGGACAGGAAGGGCCAGCGGAAACAUGUGCAUCUAGAUCCGUGUGCUCCAAGCUUCCUCCCCAUUCCCAAGGGAAGCUGGGAAAAACAAAAAAACACCCAAUGCUGAGUCAAAAUAUGCGUCACCCGGGGACCAGUAACGCUAAACGUUGCUUCAGUGCAACUGUUUAUGAGCAGUUUAGGCCAACGGGAUGGAAGAACCUGUCACUUUCAGUUGCUCACUAUCUCUAAGUGCCCAAGUCUUAAACUGAGACCAUCAUAUUUCUGCAUCAGUUUGUGAUUUGUUUGUUUUUAAGCUCUCGUAGAAACUCAGCAGCGUCUUAGUGCACGUUUCUUGUAGUAUACACAAUGUUGUUGUUGUUGGAGGAGUUCUUCACAAAAUUUGGAAAUGUGUAGAUUUAAAGGACAGAUUGUUUUGGGUAAAUUAUAGUCAUAACUUGGGAUAACUAUGCUUCAGGAUAAGUAUUUUAGGGUUGCGCUCUGCGACAACCCAGAAGUAACGGAGUGUGUUACUUCUGGGUUUUGCUGCUCGCGCAUGCGCAGACGCUCAAAAUGACAUCACGCGCAUGCGCAGAAGCAGCGAAACGCGACCUUACGUUCUAUUCAGGAUGUGAACAGGGCUCCGGAACGAAUCCCAUUCUCAUCCCGAGGUACCACUGUAAAAGUAAAAUGUGAAAGGAACAGGAUUUGUCCUCUGUUCAUGGAGAAGGAGCAGGCUUUAGGGGAAGAGCUGUAGCUCAGUGACAAAACAUCUGCUGUGCACACAGACGGUCACAGCUUCAGUCCCCAGCAGCACCUCCAGGGAGGGCUGGGAAAGAUUCCCUGUCUGGAACCCCAGGGAGCUGCUGCCAGUCAGUGCAGACAGUACUGAGUGUGGUGUCUGACUGAGUGUAAGGCAAUUUCCUACAUCACAUGCUUCCUGUGAUUUGAACCCCGGAGUCCCCUCAAAGUAUCUGCUUUAUAUACAUUAUUUACACAAUGGGCUGCACGUGAUUGGCUAAUUCCAGAAUUCUCCUGUAGGCCAAUCAGGUUGUGGAUUCACUUCCAUCUGGAGCUGGAUUGGGUGGCUCCUGCAGACCAAUCAUACUGCUGCAUUGUUCUAGGACCAAUGAGACUGCUGCAUUCUGGAUCCUAUUCAACACAAUACAUAACACCCAUGUUCUAGUCUUGUUACUCUAGCCUUAUAAACAAGUCAGACAAUUGCGCCAUCUAGCUCAAUAUUGUCUGCACUGACUGCUAGUAGCUAGACCCGGGUGAUACAUCACUCAGGACUGUUAUGAUGGCUGUUUCACCUGGCACUAUAUUGCGAGUGAAACUGCCAUUGCUCCUGAGUCCCCUCUGCCACCAGAGCCCAGUGCGCUGAGGGAAAAACAAGCUGCAACUGGGUGCUGGAGGCAGAGGGACUCAGGAGCAAUAUAGUGCUGUGUGAAACCACCAUCACACCCUGGUCAUCAUACAGCUGAGGGAGAAACAAGGUAUAUUGGGGCCAGGGCCUGUGUAGCUUGUUCCCAGGAGGAAGAGGCAGCCUGUCUGCCCAUGCUAAGGCGGCAGUGGCCCAAGGCCACUGAAAUAUACUCGGAGUCGAGAGUGGAUUUCAUGCUCUUUAUUCAGCUCAUAGUAGUGAGGAGGAAUGGAAGUUUCCCCAAAAUAUCUGCUUUAUAUAAAUUAUUUACACAAUGGGCUGCACGUGAUUGGCUAAUUCCGGGAUUCUCCUGUAGGCCAAUCAGGUUGUGGAUUCACUUCCACCUGGAGCUGGAUUGGGUGGCUCCUGUGGACCAAUCAGACUGCUGCAUUGUUCUAGGACCAGUCAGACUGCUGCAUUUUGGAUCCUAUUCAACUCAGUACAUAACAGCCACUGUGCGAACAGCUGCCUCAGCUGCCGUCAUAUCACAGGUGGGGCACCUCUUCCUCUGCCCUUGUGAAAGCAGAGGCAGCCUUGUGAACGGAGCUCUUGGCUACUGCUGUGUGGCUGCCUUCGCCUGGGAGGGUGAAGCUCUUAGUGGGAGGAUCAAGCUGCAUCAGUCCUGACUUUGCGAGGCGCCAGGAUGAAGCCACCUUAGUUUGCUCAGUGGGAACAGUGGUGAUUUCAACCCAGCGUCUUGUAGGGCUGGGACCAAUGUAGCUUGUUUCUUCCUCCCUUUCAACAUCACAGUGUAUCACCAGAUUGCCAGAUUGUGAUGUUUGGCUGGUGAUACGCUGUUGGCUGUUGGCUAGCUGACAUCGCCCAGGCCUAGUAGUAGCUCUCCAGGAUUUCAGAGAAACCCUCUCUCCCACCCUAUCUGGAGAUGCGUAUCUUCUUUCCACCUGUUCCUAGUCUGCUAACAUUCAGCCGUCUUUUGAGGUCCCCAUGUGCUUCUAGCGUUAUCAGGAUGGAAAACCUUUCUCUAUCCACUUCUUUCAAACCUAUGCAUAAUCUUAGAAACCUCUACCAUACCCACAUUUUCUUCCAAACAAACUCUGAACAUCAUAAGCGUUCCUCAUAAGGAAGUUGCUCCCUUUUUGCUCUGCCCUUUUCCACGCCUUUCUCAGCUCUACAAUAUCGUUUUGGAGAUGAGCUGAGGAUGGCCUUCUCAUUUGUCACCGCACAACAGCAGCACUGGUCCCAUUAAAUCCCUGAAGUUUUCUCCUUGGGGUAUUUCAUGCAAGAGAGGGAACCGUUUGACUGCCCAUUUCCCCUGCUGGAGGGAGGGCUCACAAGCAGCUGUUGUGGCCUCAGCUGAACUCACCAAGGCCAGGAUGUGUAGGCAUUAAUCCCGCUCCCUUUUGAUUCCAAGUUGCAUUUGACGCAAGUUCUUGCAAGAAACAGCCUUAAAUUCCAGGGAGCUGAGGCUGGGUGAUGGCCGUUCUUGCUCCACUAAGCCAAGUGACCUCUGUGGGUCUGUGGAUUCUGGAGUACUGGGUUCAAGUGCUAAGCAUAAGAACACAAGAAGAACCUGCUGGAUCAGGCCAAUGGCUCAUCUGGUCCAUCAUCCUGUUCUCAGGACCUGAGCACAAAUGCCUUCAGUUUUGAUCUUGGCUUGGUUCCAGAGGAAAACACAGAUACAACAACAACAACAACAACAACAACAAUUUAUUAUUUAUACCCCGCCCAUCUGGCUGGGCUUCCCCAGCCACUCUGGGCGGCUUCCAACAAAAAUAUUAAAAUACCGUAAUACAUCAAACAUUAAAAGCUUCCCUAAAGAGGGCUGCCUUCAAAUGUCUUCUAAAAGUCUGGUAGUUGUUCUUCUCUUUGACAUCUGGUGGGAGGGCGUUCCACAGGGCGGGUGCCACUACCGAGAAGGCCCUCUGCCUGGUUCUCUGUAGCUUUGCUUCUCGCAGUGAGGGAAGCGCCAGAAGGCCCUCAGCACUGGACCACAGUGUCUGGGCAGAACGAUGGGGGUGGAGACGCUCUUUCAGGUAUCCUGGGCCGAGGCCAUUUAGGGCUUUAAAGGUCAGCACCAAUACUUUGAAUUGUGCUCAGAAACGUACUGGGAGCCAAUGCAGGUCUUUCAAGACCAGUGUUAUGUGGUCUCGGCGGCCGCUCCCAGUCACCAGUCAUGCUGUCACCAAAGUGCUCCAGAAAUGGCAGGGGGGCAGCUAUUUAGUGAAAAGGCAAGCAAAUAGAUCCUGUCCUUGCUGUGCCUGACAUGAAUGGUCCUUGCAGGGCUGGAUCAAUACAUUUUGCUGCCUGAAGCAAAGUAUGAAAUGGCACCCUCCCAUUCCACAUAUAGAAGUAGUGCAGACUGGCAGUUGCAUCAACACUGUGGUGGGAUGGCCUUCUUUACCAGACCCAAGGGCAGCAGCCUGUCUUCGUGAGUUCAGGGCAGGUCACAUAGCACAUUCAGCUUUGUCCUACAAAAUCUUGUUGCUGUUCCUUGUCCUCCCAGCAUCCGCCACUUGAGGUGGCUGCCACACUGCCUGGUUCCUGGAACAAGGAUGACCAGGUCCAGCUCUAGUUUUCAGAGGGCCCUUGCGCUAGGCACCCCUCAUGGGCCACCUCCCCUCAGGGAGCUCGUCUCUUCCCCAGCGGUUGCUUUUCCUGCUCACUGCCAGUCAGAGAGCCAAUGAAGCAAGCAGGCCAUGUCUUCCGUUUAUUCUUUCAGUGUAUUUAUGUCCUGCUUUUCUCCCAAGCUGGGAUUCAGGACGGCUCCCAACAUUUUGAAAUGUAAUUAUAAAAUACAAUCUAAUGACAACAAGCUAGUUAAAAAGAAUAUGUCAAACACAUUUAGAACCAUGUGGUUAAUGUUUGGUUUGCCCUAACAGCUGCCCAGUGGCCAUCAUCACCUGCACCUUCCUCUCCAAAGGCCUGUCUGAAGAGGAAGGUCUUAGCCUGCCAGCAGAAGGAUAACAAGGUGGGAGCCAGCCUAACCUCUGAUGGGAGGGAAUUCCUCUAUUUGGGGGCAGGUACAGAAAAGCCCCUCUCUCAUGUCACCACCAGUUGUGGCUCUGAUGUUGAUGGGACCAAGGAAAGGUGUUCACCCAAGGAUCUUAGCAUCUGGGCAGGUUUGGGCAAGGAGAUAUGAUUGUUCAAGUAGCCUGGUCCCAAGCCACAUAAGGCUUUAAAUGUCAUAACCAGCACUUUGAAUGGCGCCCAGGAAUGGACAGUAGCCAGUGAAGUUGUUUUAACAGAGGAGUAACAUGUUCCCUGUAACUGGCCCUGGUCAGCAGUAUGGCUGCAGCAUACUUGACUAGCAAAAUCUGCCAAACCCUUUGCAAAGGCAACCCCACAUAGCUCAUGUCACAGUUGUCCUACAAGGGCAUGUAACAAGGGCAUGCGUCACCAUGGCCAGAUCAGGCAUUCUGCUGGUCCCACCCCAUGGAAAAGGGGAAUAGAUGCAGUGGGGUCUGCUGGGCUAUGGGCCCUCAUCAGAUCCCUGGCUGUGGUGUCUCUUGGCACCAGCCAUCAGGAAAACAGCAGUCCACAGGGCACAGCUGCCGGGGGUAGAAUUUACUACAGCCAAUCCUGCUCUGGGACCUUUCAGCUUUGGUGUUCUGUCCUUUCAGCCUUAAUUCCUCUCCAAUCCUCUUAGUGAUGUUAAGACCAGUUUCUGGAAAGAUCGGGCACUUGGAUAGAGUCAGGUAGCUCUGGGAAGUUCACACAACUAUGUUGUCGUUCUUGCUGUAUUUAAGAAGCGGCUUAACUGAGCUUUGCCCUGCACUGAGACAACCCUCUAACAAAGCCAUUCCCUUCAUCUGCCUGCUUCCCUCUCCAAAACUUGAAAAGUGCAGAGGUAAUUAAAGGCAACUAAACACAGGAGAGCUGAACCAUAAAGAAGGCUGAUCGCCAAAGAAUUGAUGCUUUUGAAUCAUGGUGCUGGAGGAGACUCUUGAGAGUCCCAUGGACUGCAAGAAGAUCAAACGCAUCUAUUCUUAAGGAAAUCAGCCCUGAGUGCUCACUGGAAGGACAGAUCCUGAAGCUGAGGCUCCAAUACUUUGGCCACCUCAUGAGAAGAGAUGACUCCCUGGAAAAGACCCUGAUGUUGGGAAAGAUUGAGGGCACAAGGAAAAGGGGACGACAGAGGACAAGAUGGUUGGACAGUGUUCUCGAAGCUACAAACAUGAGUCUGACCAAACUGCGGGAGGCAGUGGAAGACAGGAGUGCCUGGCGUGCUCUGGUCCAUGGGGUCACGAAGAGUCGGACACGACUAAACGACUAAACAACAACAAACACAGGACUUUUUAGUGGAAUUGGCCAGGAUAUGGACUCCUGAUCCAAACCGAAUUUGCAAAUGAAGUUUGGUGAUCCAGACCACUUCCAGUCCCACCUUCUCUUGGUUUUCCUUCUCAGAGCUCCCAACAGCUCCCAAGUUGCCAAUGCCAUCAUUAUGGUUUUAAACACAGGGUGAUAGAAGUUUAACAAGCAUGCACAAAAUAUUAAGGUGUGGUAUUGCUAGGGGAUAGCCAAGGAUACCUAAGACCAAAUCUUUUGCACAAGUAGCAAGAUCUAUUGAUCUUUCCCUGCUUUCUUUAAUCUUAAAUUUUAAAAAGCUUUGCUUAAAAGUCAGCUUUCCCUCUAAAGUCAGCCUAAGUUUGCAUCAUGCAUAGGAAUUAACAUCUGCAAAUAUAAGGUUGCCAUACGUCUGGAAUAUGGCAGUCAAAAGCAGUGUCUGGGCGGAAAUCGCUAAAAAUGUCUGGGAAAAUUUGGAUUAUGACAACUCAUGUUGGAAGUCUAGAUUUUGCUCAAAAAAUAGCUAAAUAACUUCAUUUUUCUUUUUUGCUCAACAACUUUGGGCAAAAUUAAGAAAAGCUCAACAACUUUUGUGUCCUGACUUUCAUUUUUUGAAAUAUGGCAACCCUAGCAAAAUGUGUCAUGGACUUCUUUGAAGCACCUGGCCCUGGUGUUUAGCCAAAAAGGCCCCUUAAGUGGCUUACAAAAAACAGUAUUAAGACAGCCCAUGAAAUCAGGCUCACAAUUUUAAAAGAUAUAACACAUGAAGAAGAAGGAAAUAGGAGGAAGGAGGGGAAAGCAAGUUCAAGUAGAAGUUCUUCAAGUUACAGUUGAUUCAUUUCAAGUUCUUCAAGUUACAGUUGAUUCAUUUGUGAAAUGUUGAAGGGCAUGCUACCUUGAUAAGAAGCUGCUAUUAUUAUUAUUAUUAUUACUAGUACUACUACUACUACAUUUAUAUAAUGGUUUUCGGCCAACCAGAGGCCCUUCACUGUGACACAAUCCCACGCCAAUGAGACUCACCCACUUCAAAAUGUACCACCCACAGUGCACUUGAUAUUGUAGCGCUAAGAAAAUGGUAGAAGGAAGAAAGGUGCAAUGGUAGGAUCAGGGAACACCAGGAUCAGCAGAUUUGAUGCUGAGGGCAGCCAGUCACACCAGCCCAUAGCUGUCAACUUACAGAUUUGAAAAUAAGGCACCAGGCAGCCUCGAAAAUAAGGCAUCAGCAGCCAGAAUAAGGGAUUUUAGUCAACCAGCUGAAAUACAAAGUUAAAAAGGGACCAGAUAAUUUGGGAGAGCAGCGCUGGUUUUUAGCCCUUCGUUUCCAGAGGCUGCUGCUCAAGACACCAGCUGACGAAACACUGCAAUUAAAUAACUACAAGCAGCAACCACUUUUCGCGCAAAACGAAGUCCAAGCUAUGAAGAUGCUGCUGCAGUUCUGUAUCUUUUCUCUCGUGCUCCAUCUGCAGCUCUCAGUUCCAUCAGGCGGGGCAGGAGGAAGAAAGGGGGGAGGAAAUAGUAAACCCACAGAUCAGACCAUCUAUGUUAGUCUACCACUACAAUCUAUGGGAGAAGCACUUGCGGUCCUUCCUCCGCUUUCCCCCUCUAUGGUUAGCCCUUGGAACACCUGCCCGCACCUCCGCCUCCACCGCCUCCUUCUCCUCCUCCUCUCUCUGAACCUCUUUCUCUAUGGUUGCCCUUGCUCUCCUCUCAAGGCUUCUCAGCAAUUCAUAGGCCGUGCCAGGCUGCCCAUCUUAUCCGAGUCCUUUGGCGGCGCAGCCGCAAUACGGCCUAGCGGGAGUGGCGGUGGGCAUAGGGGAGGCCCCAGGCAGAGACGCUCAGUUUGACAGCCGCGAGGAGGAUGGCGGCAGAAGGGCCCGAGGCUCCCGCCAGUCUCGGCGGGGAGGGGGCCCCGGGGGCCGAGGCUGGUGAGAGGAGGCCGGAGGGGGGCAGGCCGUGCAGCCAAGCAACAGAGUUGGAGCCUCCCUCCUCCCUGGCCAGCAGGGAGGGAAGGAGGGAGGGAGAGGAGCUGCUUCCUUUGAAACCCGGGAAAUUUUAGGGACAUCAUCAAUAAGGGACAGCAGCAGGACACGGCGCUGGGAUAAGGGAGUUUCCCGCCAAAUAAGGGACGGUUGACAGCUAUGCUUCCUUCAUCCAGUUUGCCUCUCUGGAAGUGUAAUGAGCAUCAAAAAUGGCAAAUGCCUACAAACCACAAUUUGAGCACAGAGUUUUUAAAUUCCUUUUCUAGCUAACUGACAAAAAGCGAGGCCUCAGCAGCACCAAAGAGCAGUAGUGUGGAAGCAAGGGUCUGCUUCAAGACUGGCAAUGCACAGCCUCCAGAGAAAGAAAAAUAUGAACCUAGUGUUCAAAAUGGUCCCCGAAGCAGCCAGUUAAAUCUUCAUGCAAUAACCACAUUUCCUUCAGCAGGAAUCCUAGCUGCUUCAAAACUGGAAACUGUAAGACAACCAAGAUCAAUGUAACAGCCUGAUAAAAGUUGGGAUGUGGCAAAGUAGUUAUACAUGACCAUGCAAAACUAUUAAGGGGUGAUUUUUAUUUUUAUUUUAAUACGUAAAGCUUGCUCUUUUGUUAGAUUUGGGAUGGCUCGAUAUAGCUUAUAGUUUUUAAUGGUUUAUAUUUAUUUUCAUUAUUUCUAUACAAUUCUUUAUCACACUAAACCCAAGGCAUCUCUUGGCAUGGAAACAGUAAAUUGCAACCAAUAAAUACGGAAAAUCUCUCUCUCUCUCUCUCUCUGUGUGUGUGUGUGUUUAGAUAACAAUAAGAUAAAAAUAUAGUCUCACGUCAUAUAGCAAUAAUCACAGUCAUAGUGACUUUACUAUUAGACAUCCAUUAAGUCUAAAAAGGAGUUCUUAUAAGCCCAACACAUCCUGAAGGAGUCAGGCUUCAACCCUAACAGUAUGGUGUCCAUGGUAUAGAGUGAAUGCACUUCCCGGCCUGCAAUCUCUUUGCUGCUCCCCUGCCCUGGAAUAGCCAUCAGUGAUGUUACCUCUGUUUUGGCAUUUUCUUUCACCCACUUUUUAAUGAGGCUCACUUUUGAUUUCUCUCUCUCCUUUUCUAGGCACCAGGAUGGACUGGGGUCCGGCAGUGAAUACGUUAAGGUAGGAAACCAAUUGCCACCUCCCUCCAUUUCUUGCAUUCCUAAAUUAGGGCCAUCUCUAAACCAAAUAGCACUCCAGGUGAGAAGCAUUUUUGACUCCCAUCUCCAUCUGCACCAACACUUAAACAACCUUUUAAAAAAAUAAUAAUCAAAAGUUUGUUGAACAAUGCGCAUGCAUGAUUAUUGGCAUUUAUAUCAUUUGCAUAUGUGGGUCUGAUCAUAAUCACUCCUGCACAUAGGGAGUAAACCCAUCAAAAUGAAGCACCUCAGUUAGUCAUGCCCAUCAACUUCAUUGGGCCUCUUUUAAAUAUAACAUGGUUGGGAAAGACCAUUACUGCUUGUGUGAGCACAGAUGUAAAUGUCAUCAUCAUGAUCUCUACAGUUGCAUAGUAUGAGACCUGAGUUAUUGGCUUUUCAUGUUUAUUUCAUGAGAGCCAGUGUGGUGUAGUGGUGAAGAGUGGUAGUCUCGUAAUCUGGGGAACUGGGUUCACGUCUCCGCUCCUCCACAUGCAGCUGCUGGGUGACCUUGGGCCAGUCACACUUCUUUGAAGUCUCUCAGCCCCACUCACCUCACAGAGUGUUUGUUGUGGGGGAGGAAGGGACAGGAGAAUGUUAGCCGCUUUGAGACUCCUGAAGGGGAGUGAAAGGCGGGAUAUCAAAUCCAAACUCUUCUUCUUCUUCUAUUUGAUUGUGUCCCAUAAUUUUUCUAGCUGUUGCUUUAUUUGUUAAUUGCUCAGAAAGUUAUUACCCAGAAGAUGGUGCUGGGGGACCUCUAUUUGAUGCCUUGGCUAAAUCGCGCUUCGCACAUGAGCGCAAACGCCAAAUCGCGUGCACCUGCGCUGAUAUGGCGCUUCAGGUUGCACUCUUUUCAUGUUGCGAAUGGGCCUCUGGAACGGAUCCCGUUCACAACCAGAGGUACCACUGUACAAGGGCCAUCUAGCCCACCUCCUGCAAUGUGCUGCUUGAACCCACGAUCCUGAAGUUAAGAGUCUCAUGCUCUACUGACUGAGCCACAUGAAGCUGCUGAGACUGGUUGUCCAGAGUUUUGGAGUUCAGUGUCAACAGUAUGCUGAUGACACCCAGCACGCUAUUUGUCUGUUCCACCUAAAUCCAGGGAAGGUGUCUCAGUUUUAAAUCAAUGUCUGUCACCUGUAAUGGACUGGAUGAGGGUGAACAAAUUGAAACUUAAUCCAGACGAGACAGGUGAUUUUGGUCAGUUGGAAAGCAGAUCAGGGAAUAAGAAUUCAGUCUGUGCUGGAUGGGCUCAGGUCUGCAGUUUGGACAUGCUCCUGGACUAAUAAUAAUGCUAACUAUUAUUAAUACUAAUAGCAAAUUAAGUUCUCUCAUUCUUAAUUAAUUCUCAUUCUUAAAUUAAUUUCUCUCAGAAAUUGCUUCUGGUGCACGGAGGACCAUGACGGAAACCAGAGAGCACAGAAACGCCAUUUACCUUCCCAAUGCAGUGGUACCGGUUUACCGUAUUUUUCGCCCCAUAGGGCGCACCGCUGCCAUAGGACGCACCUAGUUUUUUGGGGGGGGGGGAAUAAAGGGAAAAAAAUUUAUUUCCCCCCCCCCAGGCGCGGGGCUGGCGCGGGGGAAGCCCAAGCUUCCCCCGACCCCAGCCCCCAGAACAGCCUGCUAUCCGCAAGCCUAGGGAGCCCGGCGGGAAGUCGCGCUGGUCUCCCCAGGCUUGUGGAGAGCUGUGCGAAGCCCGGGGGCACUCUUCAGCGCGCCCCAGGCUUCAGAAUGCAGGCAGCUCUGCGCAACCCUUGGGAGACUGGCGCGACUUUGCGCCGGGCUCCAGAGGGCUGCACAGAGCUGCGCAGAGCCCUCAUCAGGCUGUUCAGGGGUUCUCCCUCCCUUAGGGUUCCCCCUGUUAAUCCCCCCCGCAAACCUUGUGGUCCCAAGUCUGGUGAUACAUCCCCCCUUUUGUGGGUGGUGUUGUUUCAGUUGUUUAUGGAUUAGGACUGAAAGAACUUAAUUUGCGCACCGACCCCUCUCGCUCUCCAGGCUUCAGCGAAAGCCUGCAUUCGCCCUAUAGGACGCACACACAUUUCCCCUUCAUUUUUGGAGGGGGGAAAGUGCGUCCUAUAGGGCGAAAAAUACGGUAUCUGCUUGCCCUGGUGUGCUUUUGAAUUGCUAGGGUUGGCAGAAGCUGGGACAGAGCAAUAGGAAUUCGAACCGCUGAUCUUCCAAUCAGCAAGCCCAAGAGGCUUGGUGGUUUAGACCACAGUGCCACCCGCUCCCUUCAUAAGCAACAGAGGAGGGGGCACAGGCUACCCAUUCCUGUCUAGAGGGAUGAAAAACCCUACAAGCUGUUUCAUGCAGAGGAAAUCAUUGUUCUGCCAGGCCCAGGUCCCUCUCCUCCAGCCUCCGCUUCUGCCUCCAAUUCCGGACUGCCCUCUGCCGCAGCCUCUUCCUGCUCACUAAAACUUGUUACCUCUUCAGCUUCUGACAGCUCCUCCUCCCAGUCUGUUCCCUCUUGUCCCUCCAACCACUCAUCACCAUUGCACUCUUGGGCUCUGAGCCUUCAUCCUCUUGGGGUUCUCUUGGGGGUUCCCCAGCUAGUGCCUCCCACCACUCCCCAUCAUCCAGGCAGUCCAUGACAUUUGCCUUUGUUCACCUGAGGUGGCAGUGAAGGCCUAGCUGUGGUUGUGCUUACCCUUUUCUGUUGUGAAUCACCCUGGGAUCUUCGGAUGAAGGGUAGUGCACAAAUUUAAUAAAUAAUAAUAAUAAUUUGUUUAUGGCGACUUUUCCCAAGCUAGUGGCUUCUAGAUCUUUUGGACUAUAACUCCCAUUGGCCCCAGCUGGCAUACCUGUGUUGUGCUGGCUGGGACUGUUGGGAAUUUUAGUACAAAUUGUCUAGAGAGCACCAGCUUGGGAAAGGUUGGUGUACAACAGGGUGUCAAUGGAGAUGACCCCUGGGGAUUUUGUAACGGCCCUGUUUGCUGAAGGCAAGCUUCAGCCCUUUCUCCAGCUGUCACAUGGAAAGGAAUGCAGAUCUCCUCAAAUCUAUCAUGAAGUUGCUGCUUAUCCGCCAGCAAACUAUUAACAUUCUUGAGGGUUGGUUAGGAGCCCACAAUGGCACUGGCUAAACUUUGAUCCUGCUGUUUGCCUGUGCUGCUAAGUUUAUUGCAGGUCAGUGUCGCUGAGCGCUGUUUCUUGCAUCUGAACUUCCAGUGUGAUAUCUCGGGAAUUGCUUGAAAAUCCAUCCAGGGGCUCAAAAGAAGUAGUCAGCUAGAAGAAUCCCUUAGAAAAAGGUGCCUUCCCUCUGAUGUAAACACCCCCCCACACACACACCAUUUACAGGUCUUUUUAAAACUUAAAACGUUCCAGCAAAUAAAUAUUCAAACAUCUUUUGGGUUACAGAUAGGGAGCAAGGUGACCUAUUUAUUGAAUGUUUCUGCAGGGAGCUUUGAAGAUGUUGUGCCGCAAAGCAAAUGUUAUAUCACACUUUCCGGUGCCCUUUACCAUUACUUUCCUCAUUGUCAAGUCCCAGACUCCAGACAGGUAUUGCCUCAGAGGCAAAAUAUUAGCAACAGACCAGCACCGCCACCACUCCAAUAACCAGAUGCCAGUCUUACAGCAAUAUUAACAAAGCCAGAGAACAAUUUCAGCUACAUUUUUUAUUUGUAUCUUGUAUUUCUCACGUUGGGACGCGGGUGGCGCUGUGGGUAAAAGCCUCAGCGCCUAGGACUUGCCGAUCGAAAGGUCAGCGGUUUGAAUCCCCGCGGCGGGGUGUGCUCCCGUCGCUUGGUCCCAGCGCCUGCCAACCUAGCAGUUCGAAAGCACCCCCGGGUGCAAGUAGAUAAAUAGGGACCGCUUACUAGCGGGAAGGUAAACGGCGUUCCGUGUGCUGCGCUGGCUCGCCAGAUGCAGCUUGUCACGCUGGCCACGUGACCCGGAAGUGUCUGCGGACAGCGCUGGCUCCCGGCCUCUAGAGUGAGAUGAGCGCACAACCCUAGAGUCUGUCAAGACUGUCCCGUACGGGCAGGGGUACCUUUACCUUUACCUUUAUUUCUCACGUUAUCAUCACAAACAACUCUCUGCAGUAGUUAGGCUAAGAUGGCCCCAUUGGCACAGAACAAUAAUGCAAGGUUACUGGCUUAUCGAGGGACGUGGGUGGCGCUGUGGGUUAAACCACAGAGCCUAGGGCUUGCCGAUCAGAAAGUCGGCGGUUCGAAACCCCAUGACGGGGUGAGCUCCCGUUUCAUGGUCCCAGCUCCUGCCAACCUAGCAGUUCGAAAGCACCUCAAAGUGUGAGUAGAUAAAUAGGUACCACUCCGGCGGGAAGGUAAAUGGCAUUUCGGUGCGCUGCUCUGGUUUGCCAGAAGCGGCUUAGUCAUGCUGGCCACACGACCCAGAAGCUGUACGCCGGCUCCCUCAGCCAGUAAAGCGAGAUAAGCGCCGCAACCCCAGAGUCGGCCACAACUGGACCUAAUGGUCAUGGGUCCCUUUACCUUACUGGCUUAUCAUGGCUUACCACAAACCAAGCACAUGCAAGCACAGAGUCCUUGUCCAGUUGCUCUUCCGUGGGCUCCUGUUACACCUGAAGCAGAUUGUGGUUUGUUGCUUCCUAACAAGCCAUGGCAAUGACUUUACUGCACCACUGCUUAAAGUGUCAAGCCGUAUAUAACUUGUUGGAACAAAUAACAAACAAAUGAACAAUUGUUUAAGGCUGGCUAGCAGUUGUGGCUUCUUGGGGAGAAACUAACCCAGGACUCCUGGUUCAGAUGUAAAGGGAGCCAAAAGAUCUGCUUCCUCCUAGCCCGUUUUCUGCUGCUCCCCAAGGCCUAUGUAGUUUAGCAGUGGCGAUGGCAGCAGCAAUGGCACCUUUAAUUUAAUUUAAUUUAAUUUUCGUCUUUACCGCUUUGAUUCUUUGCUGUUUCCUCAUUGUGGAGCUCUUUCUGCAGUGUUCAGUGAUUGCUUCCUGGAGGGCUUGUGCAGCUUGCUCCCUCCCUCUGCUCACCAGAUACAGAUCUACAAUAUCCGUAAAAUAGUUACCACACAUGGGAUCUGCAGCAAAAUGUUCUGCUGCCAGCCAGCCAGCCAUGCAAUACAGUCAUACCUCGGGUUACAGACGCUUCAGGUUGGGUUUUUUUCGGGUUGCAGACCACCAAAACCCUGAAGUACUGGAACGGGUUACUUCUGGGGUUCAGCAGUCUCUGUGUUUUGGGGGAGAAGUGGAACCCGUGCCUUUUGAGGUCCCUCUAAAUUAUGCAUGUGCUUAGGUUAUGUCCAUUAUCUCCAGCUAGCCCAUAGACCUUCCCUUUGCUCUCCCUUGUGCAGUUAUACGUGAUAUUCACAUCUCCUGACUCGUCUGUUGGGGUGCUUCUUUUAUUAAAGCCCAAUCCAUGUGGCUCAAUGCUGCCUCUUCUCCCUCCCUCCCUCCAUCCCUCGCUCCCUCCUUCUUUCUUUGUGCUUUCUUUCCUUUUGUUCUUAAAGUCCAGAUUCUCAAGCAUGGCAGAGACAGCACAGGCUGCUCCCAGGUCCUGUCAUGUUAAAUAACAGACCGGUUGGUGGGUCCCAGGAGGGCAGGGGUACGGGGGGGAGGAUUAGGAAGAGAGGAAGUGAGGAAAGCUGACAUUUCUGAGGGCUGUACACAUGGGGAAAUCUUAUUCUGUGCCCAGAAAAACCUGGGCACUGUUCUGUAGCCUGAGUGAAACCAGACACAGCCUUUGACAGACAGGCGGGUUAAUGGGGUGGGGCAUGGGUGCCCCCUUUCAGGGGUGGGCCUGUCCUUUUCCAACAUUGGAAUGUGCCUUUCCCCACAGGAACUGCCUCCACCUCUCCCCAGAAGUUCUGUAUCUGUCUAGGGAAGGAGCACCCCACUCCCUACCAACCACCUACGACAAGAGAGCGGUGGAGUGCUUUUCAAACAGAUAAUAAUAAUAAUAAUAAUUUAUUAUUUGUACCCCACCCAUCUGGCUGGGUUUCCCCAGCCACUCUGGGCGGCUUCCAACAAAGAUUAAAAAUACAUUAAAAUGUCACACAUUAAAAACUUCCCUGAACAGGGCUGCCUUCAGAUGUCUUCUAAAUGUCAGGUAGUUGUUUAUCUCUUUGACAUCUGAUGGGAGGGCGUUCCACAGGGUGGGUGCCACUACCAAGAAGGCCCUUUUUCCUGGUUCCCUGUAACUUGGCUUCUCGCAGUGAGGGAACCGCUAGAAAGCCCUCAGCACUGGACCUCGGCGUCCAGGCAGAAUGAUGGGGGUGAAGACGCUCCUUCAGGUCUACUGGGCCGAGGCCGUUUAGGGCUUUAAAGGUCAACACCAACACUUUGAAUUGUGCUCGGAAACAUACUGGGAGCCAAUGUAGGCCUUUCAAGACCGGUGUUAUGUGGUCUCAGCGGCCACUCCCAGUCACCAGUCUGGCUGCCGCAUUCUGGAUUAGUUGUAGUUUCUGGGUCACCUUCAAAGGUAGCCCCACAUAGAGCGCAUUGCAGUAGUCCAAGCGGGAGAUAACCAGAGCGUGCACCACUCUGGCAAGACAGUCCGCGGGUAGGUAGGGUCUCAGCCUGCAUACCAGGUGGAGCUGGUAGAUAGCUGCCAUGGAUAAAGAAUUGACCUGCACCUUCAUGGACAGCAUCACAAUCAGAUUCUUCCAAUCCAACAUCUCUCCCCAUCUUUCAACCAUCAUCUGUUCAGCCAUCUCUCUGUCCCCAUUAAUAGAUGGAAAGAAGAGUUUGUGUUUGGAACUCCCUAACGGAGCACACAGGCAAUGAGGUUCCCCAUUGUUUGUCCCAGCAUCCAUGUAUUUACUAUAUUCCACCCCCCACUGCCGCCUUGCCUCCAAACAGCUCAGGUUAGUGCACCUGGUUCUUCUCCUGCCCCUCUGUCUUAUUCUUACUACCCUGUGAAGUAUUUUAGGCUGAAACUGAGCGUGGGAGCUGCUGUUGCAGAAGGUUUAGAGGAGGGAUGGGAAAUUUGUGGCCUUCUGGCUGUUGCUGGACUCCAGCUCCCAUCAGCCCCAACCAGAAUGGCCAGUGCUUUGGGAAGAUGGGAGUUAUAGUCCAACAACAUCUGUGGGACUUUCCCAUCCCUCAUUUAUUUUAUUUUUUUAAAUAAAAUUUUAUUGGUUUUUUUAACAUAUCAUUUCCAACAAUCAUACAACAUAACUUCUUAUCUUAUACAAUGUUUUAGACUUCCGUCAACACCUCUGAUGCUUUUUUGUUCUUUAUCACUUAUUCUGCAUUUCUUAAUUUCUCUGUUACUUUUAAUUAUCAUUAACUAAUAAUUCUCAUAAUCUUUCUUGCAAUAUUUCAAAUAGUCCUCCUUACAAAACUUCUUGCAGUCCUACUAGUGUAAUCUGUUCAUUACAGUUUUCAAGUAGUUCAUAUAUUUACUCCAGUCUUCUAAGAAUCUCUGGUCCCGCAGGUUUCAAAUUCUUCCUGUUAAUUUAUAUAGUUCUGCAUAGUCUAUCAAUUUCAUCUGCCAUUCUUUUUCGUCGGUAAUUCUUCUUGCUUCCAUUUUUGUGCCAAUAAUAUUCUUUCCAUCCCUCAUUUAAAGGACACUCCGGACAGGAUGAAAGAUGAGCAGCAAGAGGCAGUAACUCUCCAGCUUUCUGAAUACCAGUUGCCAGGAAAUAGGCAGUGGCGAGAGAGUUGCCAUUGCACUCAUGUCCUGCCAGAGGCAUCUGGUUGGUCACUGUGAGAACAGGGUGCUGGACUAGAUGCAAAGCCCUGUGGUGGCCAAGCUCAACCCAGUGCCACUCACCCUUCUCACACUAGGCCAGUGGCUCUCAAACUUUUUUUCUGGGUCACACUUUCAGGAUAAAAAUUUACUCAUGCCACACCAUUUUUUUUAUUGAUACGAAAUACAUAGGAAAACAAAAAGAAACAACUCUUAGUGCUUGAUUUAUAACAUAGAACACAGCGGGUGGCGCUGUGAUCUAAACCACAGAGCCUAGGGCUUGCUGAUCAGAAGGUCGGCGGUUCAAAUCCCCGCGACGGGAUGAGCUCCCGUUGCUCGGUCCCUGCUCCUGCAAACCUAGCAGUUCGAAAGCAUGUCAAGUGCAAGUAGAUAAAUAGGUACCGCUCUGGCGGGAAGAUAAACGGCGUUUCUGUGCACUGCUCUGGUUUGCCAGAAGCGGCUUAGUCAUGCUGGCCACAUGACCCGGAAGCUGUACGCCGGCUCCCUCGGCCAAUAAAGCGAGAUGAGCACCGCAAGCCCAGAGUCAGUCACGACUGGACCUAAUGGUCAGGGGUCCCUUUACCUUUACUUUAUAACCCGAUCAUGGGACAUCCAGAAAGUUUGAAACAAUGCAGCUGAAUAAGAACAUGAAUCCUUCCCAAAAUAUAGUUAUAAAUGAGCCUCUUACAUAUGUACAUUAAGUAUAUCUACAAACUCAUUAAGAGGUGUGAGCUUGCUUUUGCUGAGUAAUCUCAUUUAUAUUAGUAUCACUUGAUGCUCUUGCUCUCAUUUUGAAAAUAUAUUUAUCCAUAUUCUGCAAACUGGAAAUAAUUAAUUUCAUACUAUACUAUACUAUACUAUACUAUACUAUACUAUACUGAAAUGUAUAAAUGUUUCUCCAAUUGUCCUUGAAUCUUCUUGCCACACUUUCCAUCUUCUCCUAUCACAGCAGUGUGGCACAUGACACACCCUUUGAGAAGUGAGAACCACUGUGCUUGGCCGAUUGGAUUUAUAUAAAAAACCAUGGAUCCCAAUCAUGGCAAGAAGUAAAAAAGAAAAUGCCCCAUACUGGCAAAAAGCAGAAGACUUUGCUCAGUCACCAUCACCUGAAACACACCAUACAAAAGACAUGAGGUGGUGUCCAUAAUGGCAGCAACAGUAGUGACAAUAAGCUCAUUUGCAUAAAAUUAGUACAGACUGUGGAACUCUAGUUUCCUUAAGUUAUUCACAAGAGUUGGUGGCAGCCACCAGCUUACCUAACUUUCAGAGGGAAGAGGGGAGGUCUGCCAACAGGUAUUAGCUAUAAAACUAAAUAGAACCUCCAUGUUAAAAAAAUAUAUAUACCUGUGAAGACUGCCCUCCCUCAGACAACAGCAAAGUUGUUUUCAGCCAAGUCCUACUCAGGGCAGACCUGCUGAAAUUAAUGAACCCAAGUUAGCCAAGUCCACUAAGGGUCUACUCACGAGAAGGACUAACAUUGAAUAACAGCCUGUCAGAGCGCUGUUGACCACCCCCUGUUUGUGGGCUUCCCAGAAGCAUCUCUUUGAUAAUGGUGGGAAGCAGGUUUCUGGACCAAGUGGGCCUUCAUUCGUUCUGCAAAUAAUUUUUUGUUCUGCAAAGACUAUCUUCUAUUUUUAGCACAGACGACCCAGCACUGACUAUAAUAGGCUCCAUUCCCUACAGCUGUCUGAAUAUUAAUAUUCCUUUCUGAACCCCUUGGGCAUCUGGCUGGUCCCUUGUGAAAACCAUACUGGUCUCCUGGGUGCUGAACAUAAAAAAGUAUACAAAUCAGACAUACUCUGCUUCCAUCUCUCUUUCAGGUGUGUUUGCAGUGUCCUUUCCCCUGAGGAAUUGCACUUGACUUGUUUGAAUUAAUUACAUAAGGGAAUGAGCAGUACUAUUCAAAUAUUAACUGUGCCGUACAUGGCCCUAGCGCUGGAAUUUGUGGGUGCCUGGCCCUUUCAUGGGCAAUUUUGUGGGUGCUCAGGGCCCCAAGGAGCUGGCAUCUAUGGGGGUGGGGGUGGUGAAACAGCUCCUGGAAAGGGGGAAGGCAAGACAGAGCAGCCCCAUCUCCGGCAACUUAAGGUGCUUUGCCCCAAACAAAUAGCAUAAGGUUGUGAGGCUUAUUUGGUUUCUCUCAUCAUCAACAACAACACAUUUGUACUCCGCCUUUCCAUAGUAAACUACACUCAAAGCAACUCACAACAUGAAGAAAAUGUAAAUCUCCCGCUAUGUUUCAUUACCUGUGUUGUGUUCUGAUCCAGGUAUAUGACACACUCUUUCUUUGCCAGAUUUAGGUAGGUAGCCGUGUUGAUCUGACACAGUCGAAAUAUAUUUUAAAAAAUAAAAAAAAAUGUCCAGUAGCAACUUAAAGACCAACUAAGUUUGUUCUUGGUGUAAGCUUUCGUGUGUAUCUGAAGAAGUGUGCAUGCACACGAAAGCUUAUACCAAGAACAAACUUAGUUGGUCUCUAAGGUGCUAUGGACUUUUUUUUUUAAUAUAUUCUUUCUAUGCCAAUAAAGGAGACUGACUGACCAGGAACAAGACUAAGAUAGCAGCACUGGUUAGAGUGUGGUACUGAUAAUGCCAAGAUUGCAAGUUUGACCCCCGUAAGGGACAGCUGCAUAUCCGUCCAUUGCAGGGGGUUGAACUAGAAGGUUCUCAGGGUCCCUGUCAUAGUGGAUAGUUCAAUGAAGGUGUCAACUGAGUGUGCGGCUACUGUGAAAGGGGCAAAUUCCACAUUAGAGAUAGUUAGGAAAAGAACUGAAAAUCAAAUGGCCAGUAUCGUAAAUGCCAUUAUACAAAUCUAUGGUGUGACUGCAUUAGGAAUGUAAGUUUUUCUAAAAAGGGAACAAAGAGAAAAGAUAUCAGAGCCUGGUGCAAAACCCCAGGGACUCAACGCCCCCCCCCAGGCACCCCCUAAAUGUCCAUGGCCCCUAUCAAGAUAGGCUGCCAUUUGUAGAGAGCAGCAAAAUAAGGAACAGGCAGACCUGAUUCCCUUUGGCUCAGUCUACCAGGAAGGCCCCACCGAAAUCAACGAGGACAGUGACCUUGAAAUUCAUUGUUCAGAAAAUGUUAUUUUCCCACAAAAGAACCUCAGUUAGGGAAUAGAGGCUACAAACACACACACACCUUGCUUGAGCUUAUUGGAAGCUUGCAGCAGAAUCAAGAGAUGAUGGAAUUGGCAAUAUGUGCAAGAGAUUGGAAAACUAAAGAAGUACAUUGAUGCGUGCGCAUGAUGUAUUAUGCAGCAUCGACAGAAGCUACUCAAGGGCAAACCUAGGAUAACCCCUGCAUUAAGUUUAAUGCCUGACAUUAUGCAUGGAAUUUUAAGAUUGCAAUCUUCAUCCAGCUUGGAGUCACAGAAGUUUUUGCAUCUGCUGCCAAAAAGCAGGCGAUGAUGUGCUUACUAGAAGAUUGGCGCCCCCAUUGAAUCUGGCAGGAUACGUGGGAUUGGCAGGGGACAAGCCUCAGAGUUAAGACAAGAGCUUAAAGCUGUGAAAGCGGGGUGGUAAGAGUUUGUCCCUCCCUGUACACCAUGGCCUUCUGCCCAGCAGGAUAAAUAAGAUGGGGAGUGUUGAUGGCAAGUUUCUUGGGAUGCUUCCAGACUCUCGCCAUAUUUCAGGUGGGGUUCAACCACAUUUGGCACGUGCAGUUAAAGUGGAUUUGGCACUCCUGUGCAGCAAACUAGAAAACUCGCCCAAAGUAAAGGAAAAAAAGGGGGGAAGGAUGAAACUGAGAGGGCCAGGAUGUCACGAGUUGUUUAAAGCAGAAAAGUCUCUCAACCUGGCGCCGAAAGGGUGGCAAAGGUGGUGCAAGGUAAGUGUCCCUGGGAAGGUGGCUCCAUAACGAAGGAGCCACGAUCGAAAAGGCCUUCUGGUUAGCUGCCACACUUUAUUUGGCAGGGGCACCUACACCUAUGAAGGAGAUCUUAAGAUUUGGCUAAUCCGCCUUUAAAGCUGUUAAGCUAAUGGCCCUCACAAACAGUGGUGCAGUGUGGUAAUUUUAGACUCUGGAAAUCUGUUUUGAAUGCAGGCUCCAGGUUCAGUCCCUGCCAUCGCCUGGUAGAUGGGCCAAUGAUCUGACUCAAUACAAAGCAGCUUCCUGUGUUUUGAAGAUGGUCAUGGGUCCAUUUGCUUCCCAAUGUGACAGCUCUGCUGAUUUUAUUUUUUUUUGGUGGGGGGGAGGAGGCCUCUUGCUCAUUCUGCUGAGUGGGGCUCUGGACACCUGCCCCCAAAUCCUUUCCAUAGACUUAUCAAUACUUACCUUUUUCAGGCACAGGUCGGUACUUAAAAGUUCAUUGUGGAUGAGUUUUGGGUUUUUUGCCCCAGAGCUUUCCCCAUGAAAACCUGUUCUUUAGUACUCAAUUGGAGCAAAUGGGUUUUCUGAACUUUAAAUAGUGGGGCUUUUUGUUUUUGUGAGGAAAGGUAAGUGUGGAUAAAACCUCACUUCACAACACGCUGGGAUAGUGCUUUCCUUGUUCGCAAGGAGGCUCUCUCAGUUGCUGCACCCCAAAAUGUGAGAGCCAUGUCGUCUCUCCCAAAUCAGUUGCAACAUUGCUAAAAAGAUGCCAGGUGCAAAGUACUGGAUGUUGUCACUGUUCUCACAGGCCAUGCAAGAGUCAGCCUUCAGCACCCUCUGCCAUGUGGCAGGGGUCUGGCAGCUGCACCUUAUAAUGACUGCCUGGAGUGACUUAUGUGGUUGGGCAGGCUCUUGUUGGCAGUGAAGGCAACAGUCCUCUCAUUGAUGGUGGCAUUCAGAGAUACACUGAGAUUCCAUAAACUAUUCCAUUUAGGUAUCUGACAGACCUCUCCUCUGUGGUAUGCCAUUUGAUAAGACAGGGCUGAGCUUGAGGAAUCCAAAGUCUGACUUGGUCAAUUCCAGCUGCUUCAGUUUAACUCAACCCUUUGUUCAGAUCCUCAGUCAUGUCUUAUCCAGGACAUGCUCAAGGCAAAGUGCAAGAUGGUGCCACCUCCCCUUCCACACAUGGAAGCUGAGCGGACUGGCAGUCGAAACGGGGGGCUUAGUGACAUCUGAUUUUUAGCACUACAUCAGAACAAAUGGCAAUUGGGUUUUCUGUGGAUUGCAGUUUGUUCCGAUCUAUAGGUAAGGAAUGGGUUUUCCGGGGGGUGGGGGUGGAGAGCAGUAGAGCAAAGGCAAAACUGCUCGGACAUGUGGAUGACCCCUUGCUUCCACAUUCUCAUAUCCAGUGUCCCCAAUGACAUCUGAGGACAGGAGCCUAGUUUAGGGGGUGCAGGACAAGCCAGGUGGCAGUCACAGCUCCGCCCAUGACACCUUACUCUCCAGUAUCCGCUGCCAGAGGCCGCUGCUUUCCUCUGCCUAAAGAUAAGGCUGGUCCUGAGGAGGACUGUAACCUUACUUUAUCAGGAAACAGCUGUGGCUCAGUUGCAGAGUGCCUGCUUUUCUUGCACAGGCCCCAGGUUCAGUCCCAGACAUCUCCAGGUGGGGCCAGAAGCAUCCUCUACCUGAAACCCUGCCUGCUUGGCUUACGUUAUUUUAAAAACCUGCCUCUAGGUCCUUGACCCAUUGAAAUGCAUGGCCCUAAAUUAGCCAUGUUCAUAAACUUCAGGUGCAUGUGUGCACUUGUUCUGUGUUGCUCUUGUUGCUCAUAUACACAGCCCUGCAAUCUAGGCAUUUGAGAAGCAGGUUUAAAACCGCAAAUUAAUAAAAGUUGGGCUGGAGAUCAGUGACAGCAGGGAAAAUGCAGUCUCGAAUUAAAGGGCGAGGGGGACCCUUUGAACUGCUUUGGAGGGUCUGCCCCAUCCUUCAUCCCUGCACCCCUGUCCUCCAGGAGAGGAAGGCGCUGGGCUGGGGGGCUGGGCUCCCUCCCCUCCCUCUUCCCAGCCCCGCCCCCACGACAAGGGAUGAGGUAAUCUGGGAAGCCGCCGCGGCUGAAGUUAAAGCCCAGCCGCGAGCGAUUGGAGCAUCAGCCGGUUGCGCCGAAGCUGCGGCUCGUGUUGGUGCUUCGGAUCUCCGACGGAGGAGCCAUGACGGACCGCUGCAGCCUCUGGAGCGCCCUUUCUGCAGCCGCCUGCUGCUUCUACCGGGGGUCUUUCAUGCAAGUGCAGGUGAGCGGAGCCCCACAACCGCCCGCCCGCCCCCAGACCACCCGGAGGGUAGGUGAGAGGGCGUGGGCGCGCAAGCAGAGGGUGUGCGCGAGAAGGGGAUCCCCCUCUUUGGCUCGCUCUCGUUCUGCUUUGGGGGGUACAGCGGGGGGGGGGACGCCCUCUCCAGCACCGGUUAGGGGGUGUAGACAAAGCGGGGUCUUCUAUCCAGGGCCAUUCUGUGGGAAUGAGGACCCAACCCCCACGCUCAGAGCCGGGGUGCUUCUGCUUUCAGGGGUGCAGAGGAGAAUUUCUUUCGAUGGGAGCUCCUUUCAUUCUUUGUGUUUUCCAGAAGGAGUGGCAUGUGAGGGGAGUCUCCUCGCCAGCACCUGGCUACCAAUAUCUCCGCUGAGGGUGUGUGUGGCAGGAACCCUCUCCGCAAGGAGGGUCCAGGUGGGGGUCUCUGUCUAGCUUCAGGGUUACUGUUAUUGAGGACACCCUCGGGAAUCCCCUGGUGUGUGUUUUCUAUUCAUUCUUUCUAGGUGCAGAGGGGGUGUCCCUACCCCACCCCAGUUCCUGAUCUCUUUGCGUUACAUAUGUCAAAAUGAAUAACCACAUCCAGAAAUACUCCUUGGAGUGGGAGGAAGUAUGAGGUGCCCUUUCACCAUGACUCUCUCCCCCCCCCCCCAGUAGAGUUCAGACAGAAAACUUUCAAGACCUCUCAGAUCCAGAGGACUGGGGACCCUCUUUAGAGAGGUUCAUUGUACAUAGACCCCCAAGUGCCACCACCACCAGCAGCAGCAGCACUGAUGGGGGCAGCUGGCUGCAGAACUUUUCCAUGCUGAAGAAAUUAACUUUGCUUUAGCCGAUCUCUCCAUUCAUGAGCAUCUCUGAAUAUUCUCUAGGUGACGUGUGUGUGUGUGUGUGUGUGUGUGUGUGUGUAAACUUUGCUUCUGCAUUCUUUCCCUAUUCAUUCUGUGAGACAGAAAUCUGGGCAAAGUAUGGGGAGGGACAGGAUUCUGCCUUUGCUCCAGGCUUGCAGUGGGUCAUGACUUGCAAGGAGAUCCAGCCUUCUUGAUCUGACCUGGACUUUGGGGACCCAGAAGCAGGGAAUUCCCUGCUCCCCCCCCCCCCAGUCUCCUGGUCCCAAUCAGCUGUGAAGAGUGGGGGUGCCUUCUGUGGAAGAGGCCCAACUCUUGGCACUGCCAAAACCAAGGGCGUGUUGAGGGGAUACACCUGCUGGAGAACGGGGGGGGGGGCCUCUUGCCGCAAGGUGAGCGAAAGUAGGUCAGAAUCACCCCCACAGGUAUCUAUCUUUCUGCUCUGUGCCAAAUAAAGGAGAGUGUGAGGAUUGCACCCAUCUCCACUUAAGUUCACUAGGGGACACCCAUUUUUUGACUUUUUGUCUCUCCCCCCUGCCACCCCAAAAUUGCUUCCAGGGAGCAUCUCUUUUGCUCUCGUGGGCUAUCAUGCCUGCCUCAGUAGUACUUGUGGUUGUGGAGAGACUCUCUGAUCCACAAUUCCUGAUUGCAGCUAGCAGGGCAGCUCUCCUGGGGUGCCCACAACCAGGUUGCCCAGCCCAGGACCAGCUGGGGUCUGCCAAGGUAGCUUGCUUUCUGAUGCAGGGAAGGCACUUGGGUUGGAGUAAUGCCCCACGACCACAGUUAACUUUCCUAUGCACUUGCUGCCUGGGUGCAAGGACUGGGGUGGGAGGGAAAUAUUUUGCGGCCUCCUGGCUUUGGAGAUAUCCAGAGUACUUUGCAACCUUUGAUUCCUCCACUUUGCAGCAGGAGGAAGAGUGUUUGGAUCAUGGAGCAGGGAGGUAGAAGUGGAGGAACAGACGAAGGUCUUGGAGAAAAGUCUUUUCUUCUCCAGACUGGGGUGUGUGUGCUUGUGUACCUGCCUAGGAUUCAGACCUUUUUAUAAAAGGUCCCCAGGCCCCACCUAUUUGUACAACCCCCCCCUUCAUUUGAUUUUAUUUGGAUUUCUGACAACAACAUCUUCACUUGAUUUUCUGACUUAAAAUGUAUUUUAAAUAUUGCAGCAUUCCCCUCCGCCUCUCUCUCUGAGGGGGGAAAUUGAUUAUUUGAGCAUGAUGUCAUCCAGAGACCAGAAAGCAACAGCAUUAGAUUUGCUUACGGUAUUUGCCUCGCUCCAAUCCAAGUCCUACUAGAUGACGUGUAUGUCCAUCGUUCUUUUUCUACACCCACACACCCCCCUUGUCCUGGUGUGGUGGGUGGUCUUUCUAUGUCCUACUCCAAUACACCCCACCAGUCAUCUCUAAACAUUUUCAUCUUAAAAUGAUUUAUACCCCUAAAUAAAUAUUUUGCCUUGUUAAGGCAGAUAACACUGCCCACCCUGGCCCCAAAUCAGUUCCUCGCCCCUAAUUACACUUUGGGAACUUAGAAAAUGAUUCACGCCCAGUGCACCUUGGGUGACUGGUAACAGUUGUUAAACAGAACCUCAAGAUUCAGAGGCAGUCUACCUCUAGGUAGCAGUUUCUGGAAUGGAGCUGUUGUCUUCAUGUCCUGCUUGGCUGGGAGGUGGGGUGUGCUUGCCAGAAGUAUCUGAUUGGACUCUGUGGGAAGCAGACUGUUGGUGCAAUCCUACUGAGCUCUUAUUGCUUUCCAAAAGGAGAAGUAGACAAAGGCAGCUGGCUGAGAGGCAGAUUUUAUAGAAUUUGCUUGGGUCUCUUACCCUGAGAAUACUGAAGGGGUGUAGCUCAGAGGCAGACCACCUGCUUUGCAUGCAGAAGGUCCCAGGUUCAAUCCCCAGCAUCUCCAGGUAGGAAAGGAAACAAUUCCCUGUCUGAAACCUUGAAGAGCUGUUGCCAAGCUACAUAGACAAUACUGAGCAAAAUGGACCAGUAUUGGUCCGACUGACUAUAAGCCACCUUCCUUUGUUUCUAUGACCUUGUCGAAAGUGUCAUUCUUUUAUUGAGCUAGCUGGAGAGGCCAGGCUAUCACAUACAAAUGGAGCCUCCACUUCCAGUCUGCUUCUGAAUGCAAAGUGCUUUUGUGUCUUGCUUGUGGGCUUCCUGGAGGUAUCCCAUUGGCUGCAGUGGUAAAUACCAUACUGGACUAGGUGGACCUUGGGUCUGAUCCAGCAAGGCUCCUAUUAUGUCCUUUGCAUUUCAGUUCUGGAAGUGCAGAGACAAUCUUGUGUGUGCUAAAACAGAAAAUGAAAAACCCAGAUGUCCUGUGUUUGAGCCUCCACCUUAUUCCAAGAGACUUUGACCAAAAGUUAGUGACAUGGCUCCAAGGCAUUUUGAGGCAUAAAAGGCCAAAUUGCUGCCUGCCCCCAAGAAAUGAUUGACCGCUUGCUGCCCUGGAAGUUACCCUGCUUCACUUUGCCCAAUGGUAGGGCUGGCUCUAGAUGUACCUUGCGACUGCACCUUAGGCCAGUACCUGGGCAAAAUCUUUAUCAUGCAUUGGCUCCCUUGGAUCCUCAGUUAUAAGCACUGGCACACAGGUGCUAGUAUUUUCCCUAUUUUGGUUUUUUGGAGAAGGCCUUCUUAAAAUCUGGUUGGUCUUGGGGCCUGUCAUACUAUAAGCAGAGUGAGUCAGCUGCCUCAAGCAGCAAAUGUGGGGAGCUGGGCAGCCAUGGUGAGGUGCUGGAGAACAGAGCUGUGUGUGCCUUACACAACUGCCUUACACAACUAAAGCUAGCCUAUAGCCUUCAGGUUUGCUGGAGAGUGCUGUUUCAUCAACAAUGCCUCUGGAUUUGGUACAUGGAGGUGUGUGGCACCAUUCUUCUUGCUCCAGGAAGCAGCAUUCCUUGGGCUGGCCCUGAUUGCUACAGUAGUCUCCUCUUAGGUGUCCAAGCAUACAGUGGUACCUCGCAAGACGAAUGCCUCGCAAGACGAAAAACGCGCAAGACGAAAGAGUUUUCCGUUUUUUGAGUCGUUCCGCAAGACGAAUUUCCCUAUGGGCUUGCUUCGCAAGACGAAACGUCUUGCGAGUUUGUUUCCUUUUUCUUAAAGCCGCUAAGCCGCUAAUAGCCGUGCUUCACAAGACGAAAAAACCGCAAGACGAAGAGACUCGCGGAACGGAUUAAUUUCGUCUUGCGAGGCACCACUGUAUUUCCCAAGACCUUUAACUGGCAGCAACUCCUCUAGGUCUUGGAGGGAAGGUCCCCUGCUGCCACCCCGGCUCCUCUAGAUCCCUUGAAGGUAGAGACUGCAGGGACUGAACCUGGGACCUUCUGCAUGCAAAGCAGUUGCUGUACUACUGAAUGGCCCCUCCCACUAUUGCCCAGAAUCCAGCAGAAUUACGUACAUGUGAGACAAUUGAUUUUUUUUUUUCCCCUUGGGUAUAAGGGUAACACCUCACCCAUUUGGGGUGCCUUGAAUGCAAAAGUGCAUCUCUCCAACCAACAAAGCUCACGUUACUAUGGCUGCAGGUGUGCUUGGGCGGUGCUUGGGCGAGCUGCACAUUCUUUUCCUCUUACGACCCUCCGGCCAAACCUGUCAAGAAAUAUAUCCUUGUGUAUCCUUCAUUGUGAUCAAGAGGCUGGUGCUGGAAGCCUGUCACAACAACCAGGGCAAAGGUGCCCAAAGCAUUACAUGCCAGGGCUUGUUUUUAAAAUAUUGGUCUCUUUUGAUUUUGAUCAAGGUUUCGGAGUUGAAUGGAGCAUUGCAGAGCUCCAUCCUGGCAAUGUAAAGGUUAAGAAAGGUGUGAUAAGUGUUAAGAGUGUGUGUGUGUGUGUGUGUGUGUGUGUGUGCACGUGCACCCUUGUGUGUGCAUGCUUCCCUGCUCCCGCACAGCACUAGAGCUUAAGAGAGCCACACCCCACCCACUGUCCCCUCCUCAGACAUUCAAUCUGCUUCUAGGCUGGCUGGCUUAUGUGUGCAGAUUUUGUGCCCAAACUGGCAUGCUGAACUCUGCAUGAAUGACUGGGGGCUUUCAAGCUGACAGCAGCAUCUCUGCCUCUUUCUACCAAUGGCAGCGCACCCGGCGCUUGAAGCAAUUACAUCAUUGCUAGCCAAUAGCAGACCAGGAAAGGGAUGCAGCAUUUGGAGUGAGAUAAGGGAUGGAUAGAUAGAUGUACGUUAUAUUCAGCAUACACACACCCACACACCCAUCCUGCAUCGAGGUAGCUGAGUGGGGGGAUUGCACCAGCAUCAAAGCAGGCAUUGCUUUGUCCCCUGCUGCAGUUUAGUAGACCCCUCUGGAACAUCUUGGGGGGGGGGGGAGCUGUCAGCAUUUAUUUAUAUGCAAAUAAGAAAAAGGCAUUUAAGUAAGGAGUACAUUCCAAGGACAUUCACUCAUAUCUGUCUUCCCCACCCAUGGCUGUUUGGUGCCUUCCCACCCCCAUCCAAUUUUCUCUUGAACCUUGAGCAUUCACCAUUGUAUAAAGCAGCUGCCGUAGCCAAACUGCCUUGCUCCUAGGUCUCUUCAGCACUUCCCACCCCACCCCUAGCAGGUUCAAAAAGAAGAUGUAAAGCCCUUUGCCUUUGUUCACUUGCACAUUCCAAAAGUUGACUCUGGCCUCUUCAUCAUGCCAUUUCUCCUCCCUGGACCUCUCUGAACCCUGGCUGAAUGAGAGGAGGAACCACUUGUUUAUUCCUCAUCACACAGAGAAUAAGACGGGCCAGGUUGAGCUCCCACCACACCUCCCACAGAUGUGCGACUCUGCUCCCUGCAUGUUACAAACCUUCUGUAACGCAUACCAGAUGCACAGAGCUCUUAAACAAGCACAGACUGUAUCAUGAAAUAGAACUCCAUGCUUUUAAAUCCUGAGUGGUUCUUUGGCCCAUUGUAAGAAUCUUCCCCUCAUGACCUGUGUGUGUUGCCAUUUCUUACCAAUUUCAGAAGAGAUGGUAUAGGCAUGUACCACACCCAUGCCACAGUGUUCCACAGCUGGCAUAGAUUCUGUGUUUCUGAGAACUUCAGGCUUUUGAACCAGCAACAACAAAAGAAAGAGAAAGAAAGGUGUGUGUGGGGGGGGAACAGUCAACUUUCAUUCUUUACAUCGUAUAUGAGUAGAAUUUUUGUAUCGGUGACAUGUGGAUAGAUAUCUUAUUUUUGCUGGUGGAGUAAGAAACCAAGAGAGCCCAAAGCAUGGUUGGUUGAUUGGUUGUAGUGUGUUUUGAUUUUGUGUGUGUGUUUGGGGGUUGGAAUAUGUCAUUGUCUUGUUGGCUUUUUGCAGGAAACCUGCAAAAUAACCAGACAGGUAAUAGAAGCAAUUCCAGAACUGACCCUACUAAAUAUCUUCCAAGACAGUAAUGAGCACCCACACAACAAGGAACUCAUACGUCACUAACUGUCAGCAGCUAGAAGUAUCCUAACCAGAUACUGGAGGGACCUGUCAGGAGUGUCUAUGGACCAGUGGUACCAAACUGUACAGGAAACUGCCCUACUAGAAAAGCUAACUAGCUCAGAGGUAUUCUGUUGCUGUUGUCCUCGGACUCUGUUCAUCCCCUCCUCCCUCCUUUGCUAUUCUUUUCUUCUUGGCCUUUACUACGCCAAGGUCAUCCUGCUCCUUGCCUUGCCCUCAGUCGCAGUUGCCCUCCAGACUCCCUUAUUAUUCUCUGCAGGAGGUCCAUCAGUGAGGCGGAGGGGAAGAGUGGUAGGAGGGAGUAGAGCAGGCAAGGAAAAAUCCAGAGAGACAGCUGAGCUGAAUGAGAGGGGGGGGGGCGCAAAUGGAACAACAUGCAUUCUGGCAGUCUAGAUGUUUGAUAAAUCAGCGUCCCCCUGUUGUGCCUUUUGGGAGUUGCCUUCUUCAAAUCUGACUAGGACAAAUGGCCACAGAGUUGUCAUUUUUUUUUCCAGGGUCUAGAGAUCAAUCCCUCCACCCCCAAUGACUUUUAGAAGUCAAAUCUGGCUUGGCCAGAGAGACACACAUGCUUCUUACAAUCCAUCACUAUUCAGUAUGGUAAAUGCAUGGCCAUGAUCACUAAAGGCAGGUGUAGCACCUACCAUUUUGGUUUAUUGUGAACUGUUGAUAAUGCAGUUCAAAGCAACUAUGCCUCUCCUCCUCCGCCACCCCGCUGCCCUCAUGUGAAUAUAUUGAACCAAAAGCAAACACAUCCUCUUUGCUCUUAGAUAUAGUGUCAGGCAGGCAGCUGCAGUGAAAAUGAGGGGACGGCAAAGAAAACCAUUCAUCCAUGUGGGGCUCAAACCCUGAUCCCUUUAUCAGAGUACACUGUUUUCAUUUGCGAAAUGCUAUAGGGCAGAAUUUGACUUGAGCCCUCCAGAUGUUUUCAAGCAUCAACAACCAUCAUCCCCAGCCAGUGCAGGUUUUGUGGCCCAAAACAUCUGGAGAAGGCACCAGGUUGGCAAAGGCUGUAUGUUAUGGUACUUGUUGCCCUCUUCUCAUCUCACCUCCUCUCCCUACACAAAACUCCAUCCUCUCCCCAAUGCUGCCUGAAUGGGCAGGUCUGGACAAUCUAGGCCCAAAAUGAUUCCUUCCCCCCACCCUGCAAUUCUCAUAGCCACAGAGAAAAGUUAGCCUUGAAGGGGUCCUCCGUCCACCUUCCUUGGGAGGAAGUUGUAGCAGAGGAAAUAUGGGGCUGCUGCAGCAGCAAUCACUAUGGUGACAGCAUCAGUGGCCCAUGGUCACCAUGGGGGUUGCCAUGGUGACAGCAUCUGCUCUGGCCUAGACACCCCCUGGGAGUGCUGAAGGGGAAGAGAGCAGGACCUGGGGUUACUAUUUAUUUUUAAUAAGGGUUCAAGCACACUGGAGGACGUUGGGGUGGGAGGGGGUGAAGGGUGAGCAAUGAACCAGAGUUACGUGCACCUUGCAGAGGCCCCAGUAUCCAGUUCUGAUUUUCAGGAUGCAUCUCUGAGGCAAAUCCCCACCCCAUUCUGUUAAGCUCUCUUAUCACUUAAAACGGGGGGGGGGGGCUUGCUUUAGAGUCCCUGAGAAUUUAGCUCAGUGGAGAGACUGCCAGACCCAAACCUACUACGGAGUACCCUUCCAGCUGAACAAAUAUACGUUUGGGGAAACCUGGCUUAUUAGCUGUACACAUGAAAAGUUGGGCUAGGCAAUGCACCGUGAUAUAUCACCAGCUACACAUUGUGAUAGAUCUGUGUCUAGUUCAGUCUAGUUCUGGGCACCACAACUUAAGAAGCUUAUUGACAAGCUGGAAGAUGUACAGAGGAAGGUGACCAAGACAAUCAAAGGUCUGGAAACCAAGCCUCACAAGGAACAGUGGAGGGAGUUGAGUAUUUUUAGCUUGGAAAAGAGAGGAGAUAUGAUAUCCAUCUUUAAAUAUCUAAAGGGCUGUCGCACGGAGGAUAGAGCAAGCUUGUCUUCUCUUGCUCCUGAGGGUAGGACCAAUGGAUUCCAGUUACAAGGAGGGAGAUUCAGACUAAACAUCAGGAAGAGCUUUCUGAUUAUAAGAGCUGUUUGGCAGUGGAAUGGACUCCCACAAGAGGUGGUGGUCUUCCCUUCCUUGGAGGUUUUAAAGCAGAGGUCAGAUGGCCACCUGCCAUGCAUGAUCUAGUUGAGAUUUUUGCUUGGGUCCCUUCCAACUCUACAGUUCUAUGAUUCUUUGAUUCCCAGCGCGACCCACCAGAGGAACUCUUAGGAGAGACUCCUCACUAUUAAUUAUUAAUAUUUUUAAGGCUGGAUUUUUAGGGUUAGCUGCUAUACAAAAUUAUGCUUAGGCUUUCAUAACUGCUCUUAACACUUUUAACUCUCUGUCAUGCACUGGUUUUAUUGAGUGUUUUAAUGUGUUCUGGAUGCUAUUUUUGAAAGCUGGCAAAAGCACUUUGUGAUACGGUAGUAUAGAAAAUCAAUUGAACAACAACAAACCAAUCAACUUUGUAAGGUAUGUGGCUACUUUAUUUUAAUUUCAGCCCAGCGUGAUUUACUUCUUUUUAACCCCAGAAUCCCAGGUGUCAGUCUGUCUUAAAUUCAACAAAGCAAAAGGCUGUCCAGUUUUAGUGAUCCUUGCAUUUAAGUACAGGAGAAAUCUGCUGCUGAGUCAAGGUCUCACCUAGUCCAGCAUUCUUAAUACGGGGAUCCUAGCAUCUGGAAGGUGUUAGAAGACCUGAAAACAUCUCUGCAAAAGACAUGGGAAGCUGCCUUAUACUGAGGCAGACCCCUUGAUCCCGCUUACUCAGUAUUGCCCACACAGACUAGCAGCUACCUUCCAAGGUUUCAGGCAGGGGUCCCUCCCAGCCCCUCCUGGAGAUGCUGGUGGUGGAACCUAGAGCUUUCUGCAUGCAAGGCAGGUGCUCUGCCAACGAGCUUCUCCUUCACUCUGCCACACCUGCCCAGAGCAUCGCUACUUCUCACCCACCAAAGUCCCUGAUUCAGCGAUGCUGAGACAUUACAUCAUUGCCUCGCCUCUCCUCCAGGGAGAGGAAACCAGCGAUGGGGAGGAGAGCAGGGGAAAUGGGGAGGGUGGGAUUGUAUGUUUAAGGCUCAGGUGCACAAGGGCAUUAGCGAAAUGGGGCAUUAGCGGAAAGCUCAUCUUUAUGCAGAAGAUUCCCUUUUUAAAUCUGUCAUUAUUAUUCAUUAAACCAGCCGGCAUGACAUGCAGCAGGGCUAACCCUUUGUGGGGUUUGUUUAUGCCUCUCUGCACAAUCUGUCAGAAAUAUUUUGGGACUGCAUGGGUGGGGAGGGGGGGUGGAAGGACUAGCAAUUUCCUACUAGCGCAUUAUUUCAGUUCACAUUUGCCAGCUGCUUCUUGUUGGUUAUUGUUCUCUCUCUCUCUCUCUCUCUCUCUCUCUCUCACACACACACACACACACACACACACACCCCUACACCCCUCUGUACAAUCCGUCGUCUUAGCUUAUCUGUGCUGGAAAGUGGCAACCUUGCUAAUACACACACACAGAGAGAGAGAGAGAGAGAGAGAGAGAGAGAGAGAGAGGAGCUUUCAUUAAAUCCCUACAGGGAGCUAAGGAUUUGGAGGGCAAAGAACAAGGAAAACUAAUAGGUAGGCUAGAUCAGGCGCGAUUAGUCCAGGCCUGGCACCUUAAUCCCAUCUGUGCUGUAGUGAUUUGGGACAGAGCCUGGCAGAAAUUCCAGGGCUCGUUCACCAAAGUUUGGAUCCCGUCAGUUCUGUAUGGAAGGUAUAAGGUUCCUUGAAAAUUAAGCACAGGGCCAGACUGAGGGUGGGGAGGGAUGUUGGCCAUUUUGUUGUCAAUGUUCAGGGCCACCAGGAAAAGGGCCGUGGUGGGUGUGGCAGGUAGGAAAUGAUGUCUCACUGAAUACCAGGUCUUUCGCAUUGGAGGCAAUGUUGAGGGCAUGAUCAGGAAACAAAGUGUGGUUCGGAGCUGGCUUAAACGCAGCCACAAAUUCUUUUUCCUUUUGCCAUUGAUAAAGCCACUGUCUUUGAGCCUUAAUCUUCUAUCUUUAAAGCACAUUGCAAGCAGGAGUCCUUUGGAAAAUGUUGAGGACAUUUUCCGUGAAAGGAAUUGGUAGUGCUGUAUCUUAAUAUUGUAGUAUCUCCUCUUUCCAGAUGUCCUAGAGCAGACAUCCCCAAACUCGGCCCUCCAGCUGUUUUGGGACUACAACUCCCAUCAUCCCUAACUAACAGGACCAGUGGACAGGGAUGAUGGGAACUGUAGUCCCAAAACAGCUGGAGGGCCGAGUUUGGGGAUGCCUGUCCUAGAGGCAGCUGAAAUAUUCACACAGCCACAUAUUUGAGGGGAAAUGGAGAUAAAACAGAGUUUUAUCUACCUGUUAUACAGAUAAUGGUCAGGGGGUAUUCUGCUACCUUAAUACAAUAGUUGGUGCAUAAAUGAGGCAUAAGGAAUUAAUUCAUUGUUAAUAAUACUGUUGAUUGUGCCCAUUGGGAUUAAUAUACCUAGCUUAGCCAUGCCAUUGAGUUCAUGGGUCUGCUCAGAAUGUGGCUAACGUUGGAUACAAGCAACCUUUUGCUUGCAAUUCCAACCAUGUCUACUCAGAAGUAAGUCCCACUGAAUUCCAUGCUGAAGUCAACACCUUCCUGCACUUCAUCUUACUGACUGCAGACUGGAGCAAUGUCUUUUUCUCAUGUCGUAUGCCCCAUUUUAUUGCGUAACAACCCAGCCUGAAGAAGACCUUUGUUCAAAAACCUGCUCGCAGUGUUUUCAUUUACCCUAAUAAGAGGCCACUCUUGCUUUAGGUAUGUCCAAAUGGGUGUUACUUAUGGGAAAGUUGUGGUUAGAAAAGGCUUCUGCUUCCCAUUAAUUUGAACCAAAGGCACGUUAAGUUGCCCCAGUCUCCCAGUGCUGCAAAACCAGCAUGGUUUCAUUACAAGUGGCAGUGGCUUUGCUGAACUAAGUUGCCUAAUGAGAGAGGAGAUCAGGAAAGCAGGGGUGGGGAGGAACCACCUGCCGCUUGGUUGAACAGGGCAGAAGACUCUGCGGCAGCCACCUGAGCCCCUUGCGCUGAUGAGAUCUUUGUUUCCAACCCUCCCUGCCACCCCACUGAAUGACUUUUGCUGAGCUUGCAUCACCAAUUCCCUAACCUGCUGAAAAUCUUCAGGCAGACUGAAAUAACCUAAUGUCAGGCACUGUGUGUUUGGUUGCUGUGAUGGGAGAGGCAGAAGGAAGAUUCUUUCCCCAAAGGGUAGCUUAAUGCAAAUGUCCCUCUUGGGACAAUGAGUAGGGCGAGGGGAAGGCAAGAGGCAUGCCUGAGGUUCUUGGUCCUCCCAUCAGUAGUGCAAGCAGGGACUGACUUUGGAGCAGAGGCUAGGGUCACAACCAGCAGAACUGGAGGGGGAUGAGUAGAGAAAUGCAGCAGGCUGUGAAAUAAUAAACAUUUCCCUCUAAAGAAGAUGCUCCCCACCCCUGAAUAAGUCUAAAAUUACCUAACUCCACCACUGGGUCCUUUGUGCACUCAAGCACACCAAUCAAGGUGCAUCGCCUCAGAGUUGGCUAGCCAAGCUGAUCUGUCAACUGACUCUUCUCUGCCGACAGGCCUUUCACAGCAGAAACCACUUCACAGCUCAUGUUAGCUGACGAGUCUGUUUACACUUGGCCUGGUUCCCAGCCAGUGGCAAUGCCGGCAGCCACGUGUGAGUGACUGAGUGGCUGGUUAACCAGGGUCAGGACGCCUGCCGAGAAAGAAGCUUUGCCAGCACAGGAGGCUUUGCCAUCCUGGAUGACCACCCCUCCUUCAGGCAAGCUUCAGCCCUUCAUUUUAUUUUAUUCAUUUUUUAAAAAUCAUUCCCUUGGGCCUUGCUUACAAGCACUCCAGGGAGCUUGGAAAUCAUUCCAGAAUUGGUAGUCAUAAACAUUGUAAGUAAGGGCCUACAUUACAGUUUCUUUCCUCACCCUUACCAUAUAUAUCAAUAUGCUGAUGACACCCAACUUUAUCUGUUGAUGGAUGGCCACCCUGACUCGGCCCCGGACACACUGACCAGAUGCUUGGAAGCUGUGGCUGGAUGGCUGUGUGGGAGCUGGUUGAAGUUAAAUCUUUUGAAGACAGAGGUCCUCUGGCUGGGUCGGGACAUGGGGUUGGGGGGCCAGCGCCUUCUGUCAAGAGCUUGGGUGUAACCUUCGACUCCUCCCUUUCCAUGGCGGCGCAGGUUGCAGCCACAGCAAAGGUAGCAUUUUUCCAUCUCCGCCGUAUCAAGCAGUUGGUCCCUUACCUUUCUCUGUCCACAGUGAUCCAUGUGACGGUUACCUCCAGACUUGAUUAUUGUAACUCACUCUACGCAGGGCUGCCCUUGAAGCUGACCCAGAAACUCCAGCGGGUGCAGAAUGCUGCGGCGAGGCUCCUUAUGAGGUCCUUGCCAUGGGAUCACAUUCAUCCAGUGCUUUACGAGCUGCACUGGCUCCCAGUGGAGUACAGAAUAGGUAUAAGGUGCUGGCUUUGACCUUUAAAGCCCUAUACGGCCUAGGACCCUCGUACCUACGGGACCGCCUCUCCUGGUAUGCCCCACAGAGGACCUUAAGGUCCACAAAUAACAACACUUUGGAGGUCCCGAGCCGCAAGGAGGUUAGACUGGUCUCAACUAGGGCCAGGGCCUUUUCAGUACUGGCCCUGACUUGGUGGAAUGCUCUGCCACAAGAGACCAGGGCGCUGCGGGAUUUGACAUCUUUCCGCAGGGCCUGCAAGACAGAGCUGUUCUGCCUGGCCUUUGGUUUGGACUCAGUCUGACCCUUACGUUUCCCUCCCCUUAUGGUUUUGAUCUAUGGGUUACUACUAAAAUGAAGCUGCAUUUUAACCUGUAUUUUAAUUAACUGGUUUUUUUCCCCCCUAUUACAUUUUAUUGUAAUUUUUUUUGGUGUUAGCUGCCCUGAGCCCGGAUCUGGCUGGGGAGGGCGGAGUAUAAAUAGAAAGUUUAUUAUUAUUAUUAUUAUUAUUAUUAUUAUUAUUAUUAUAUGAGAGAGAGAGAGAGAAGAACAUAAGGAGAAGAGGCUGCUGGAUGAGGCUAAUGGCCCAUCAGGUCCAGCAUUGUGUUCUGACAAUGGCCAACCAGAUGCACAAGCAGGACCUCUCCCCUCUUUUACAGCAGCUGGGAUUCAGAAGCAUUGCUGCCUCUGACUAUGGAGGCAGAACAGAGCAGUCAUGGCUGUUAGUCAUUGAUAGCCCUGUCCUCUGUGGAUUUGCCCAAUUCUCAUUUAAUGCCAUCCAAGUUGAUGGCCACCAUUGCCUCCUGGGGGAGCGACUUCCCUAGUUUGACUCUGUGCUGCAUGAAAAAAGCGCUUUCCUAAAUAUUCCAACAUUUAGCUUCAUUGGAUGCCCACGAGUUCUGGUGUUAGGAGAGAGGUAAAUUCUUGUGGAAUUCCAAUUCAUUUUUACAUCAUUUGUCAAAGUUUUAUGGGGAUGUGAGUGGGCGGGACUGUGACUUGGUCUCCUGGGCAAUUGGAUGGAUUGCUUUCUUGCCUCUACUGUUCUCCUCUCGUGUGUAAACAACACUGAUUAGAGAUUCAGGGGAUCAUUCAGAUAUUGGAUCACUUGACAGAUGAAGCAGCUGAUUAAAGGGUGCAGAAAGAGAGCCAGUGUCCCAGUGGUGCCUCAGCCAUAAAGGAUCCUUCUUUCCACUACUCAGAAGAGAGGAAGGUCUUUUUGGUAGCGACGUCCACCAUGUGGAACAGCCUCUCUUCAGAAAUACACCAUGUGCUCACUGUGCUAUGCUUUGAGUGCUUGCUUAAAAACUACUUGUCCACUCAGGCAUUCCAGGACUAUCAGAAUUGAAAUGGUUCAGAUAUGUCCGCUUCAGUAAAUAUUGCCUUUCUUUGGAUAUUGUAGUAUUCUGAAUUUUUUUAUUAUUGUUGUCGUUUAUUUUAUUACCUACCACCCAGUGUCAGGAUAACACCUGGCACAGCUUGGCUCUGGCAUACUGGUUGUGUCCACCACUGAAGGCUGACUUGGUGGCACCUCAUUUAAGGCUCUUUCUCUCUCUUUCUCUUCCCCCAGUUCUCCAAGGAGAAAUAUAUCCUUGACUCAUCACCAGAGAAGCUUCACAAAGAGUUGGAAGAGGAGCUCAAACUCAGCAGCACGGACCUCCGCAGCCACGCCUGGUAUCAUGGGCGUAUCCCCCGAGAGGUGAGGGGCAGCUGGAAGAUCUCUGGCUAGAGGAAGCCCCGUGGGUCUGUGAGCUGUGUCUGUGCAACAGUGAAGAAGGGUGUGGGGUGGUCUAUGAGCCCCCUUGACUUUAGCUGGAUGCUAUCAUGGCUGCCUGGGUCUCCUCAUCCUCCUUGGUUUGGAGCAGGAGUGUCACAAAGCUCCUUCCUUUAUACAUGGGAUUCCCCAACUGCACCUGUGCCCCUCCCUUGCUUUGUUCACAAGCAAGCUUCACCCUUUGGCAGGAGUGUCUCGUUCCCACCGACCUGUGGGAACCUGGCCUCCACAGCAGGGUUGUUGCUAUGGCUGUGACUCGUGGAGUAGAUCUGGUAGACCAUUUACUCAAAUCCCCUGCUUGAUGCAAAACAUCCAGAGAACUAGCUCAGGGGAGGAGAACCUGUGGCCUUCCAGUAGUUGUUGGCAAACAUCUCCCAUCAGCCCAAUGAGGGACCAUGGGAGUUGUAGUCCCAACAUUUGGAGGCUCACAGGUUUUCCCCACCCCAGACAUUUGUGGGGAGAUAUCACCCCCUUAGAGUGGAAAAGGCUGUAAACCAGAUGCCACAGAUGUGCUGUUGCCCACAGAGCAACCACAGCGCUGCAGGAAUUAUUGGGAGCAAUGGCAUUGCCCACCCUACAGGUGGAGCACACCUGGGAAUUUACAAGCACACUGUAUGCUCACUCUCCAACAGGGAGAAUUAGGAUCCUGACUCUAAGACUGGACAAGAUACGAAUCCAAGAGAGAUUAAAUAAACAGCCAAUUAUAGGAAACAAGACUGCUUUCGUUGUUCUUCAGGCUUAGCAUCACUAAUCUGAGGCGCUUGCUGUAAAAAGAUAGGACUUUCAGUUAACAGUAUAAUUGUGUUUGGAAGAGGGCAGCACUCCCAAUAGAUGGGACUAAUGUGGGAAACAUGAGAAUGAUCGUGCUAUUGGGGAAUCCCUCACCCCUGCCCCAAAGGCUCAAGUUUCUCCACCCUUUAGCCCAAUAGUCCUCAGCUUUUUGAGACCAAGGGCCCAUCAUUAGUCCAAACAUGGUACCCUAGGAAUCUCUGCUCCUGAACUUUAGUUAGUGGUGAGAGGACAGUGUUCUCUGCACAUGAUCAGAGAAACAGUUCUUCCCAACUUACCUUCAGAAUGGAAUCCUGCUCUCGUUCCAAGAUGAGGAGCUGUUGGGUUUUUAAAAAAAGCCAUUCAUCUGAGCAAACAAAGAGCCUCUCACUUUCUUUCAGGGCAUUGCAAAUUUGCUUAAACAAACCUUCCCUCUGGCCUUUCAGGUGUCUGAGAGCCUGAUUCAGAGGAACGGGGACUUCCUGAUCCGCGACUCACUCACCAGCCUUGGGGAUUAUGUGCUGACGUGCCGUUGGCGGAAUGAGCCCCUCCACUUCAAGAUCAACAAGGUGAUGGUGAAGUCCAGCGAAGGCCGCACUCACAUCCAGUACCUCUUCGAGCAGGAGAGCUUUGACAAUGUGCCAGCCUUGGUGCGCUUCUACGUGGGCAACCGCAAGCCAAUCUCUGAGCAAAGCGGGGCCAUCUUCUACUGCCCCAUCAACCGCACUUUCCCGUUGCGCUACUUGGAGGCCAGCUAUGGACUUGCCAACGGGAAGCACAGCGGCUCGCACAGCCACUCCAGCCAGAAAGGGGGGCACAUCAAACGGAGGAGCAUUACCAUGACUGACGGAUUGACGGCUGACAAGAUCACAAGGGGUGAUGGGUGCCCAACCAGGUAAGCCUGUACAAUGGCAAACUUGUUCUCCAACAGCCAGUCGUCUGCAUGUAGCCAGAAUGGCACCGUCCACAUACAAGGAGGCAGCAUCAGCAGGCUUGGGGGAACUCCCAAGAGUUACAGAAAGACAAAACGAGGUGGCAGAGGGAGCCCUAGGGAGGGGACUGCCAAACACAGACCAGUGAGGUCUGAGCAAGUUCAAUAGGCAUGGAAUGCUAACUGCUGCAGGGCAGGGUAGGCAGAAAGCCAGCGGGAGAGGAAAUGGAAUGGAGCAUCCUGCAAGAGGGUGUGGUUGGCUGGAUGGCACCCUGACCAAAAACGUUGCAUCCCGCAACAGGUUGUUGCAGAGCCCCCUUGUGCAUCCAGCUUUCUACGUUAAGGGAGACCAGCUAUGAGUGUUAGAGAACCACCUUUGCACUUGUGCAAUUUUUACUGUGGACUCCACUCUCAGUGGUGGACUGCCUCUGGUUGUCUCAGCUGCUGUGCCUCAGCCCCUCUAGUUGCCAGUGUCUUCUCUGCUCUGGGUUGCAUUCAACCUCAGAGGAGACAUGUAGAAAAUGAUGCACGUGGGUAACUUAGGCCCAUUAGUUUUAAUUGGUCUGUUCUGAGUAGAACUUAGUUAGCCACAACCCUCUGGCUCCAAGGGAGACAAGUGAUCAUGAGCUUGUAUUCUUUAAUACCUGCUCAUAGACAUACAACUUCAGGGUUCUUUUCUGGAGACAACUGCAUUGAGGUUACUGCAACAGGCACAGUUACUUAAGAAAUGCCAGUAUUGCUUUUCUCACAUGUGGGAACUGGGAACCAACAAAUUACCAAUAUAAAUGAAUAUAAUUUCAUUUCCACAAAGAUGGCAGGCAGUGAGUGAAACGGCUUUGCGGCUUGAACUGCAAAUGCAGAAAUAUAAAAUAGCAAGAGAUUUCGCAAUUGCAAAUCCCAUCAAGUACCCGGGCCCACAUUGCCUGGGCCAUAAACUGAAAUGGUUCCUAUUGGGGGCAGGGGGCUAGGAGAUUGCUCCUAAUGGAGUGUGUCUUGGGAAGUUGCAGUAUGGACCGCAGUGCACCAGGCAUUGGGGCCAACAUGAAGGUUCAGAGACAGGGAGGGAGAGGAAAGUGGAGAGAGACUCUGUUAAUUACCUGUCCUGAGGAAGGGAAGGCAAAAAGAAGCAAUAUCCUGAGUUUCCUAGUAGAGUCCAGAGUUGCUGCAUAGGCAAGCAUGGGCUCGUAGGAGGACAGUGCCUGGAUAUCUUGGAGAGCAGCCAAGACAAGAAACAUCCAGGAAAAGGGUUCAGAAUCAAGCAAAGAUGAGGUCAAAUAUGGUUCGUUCAUUAAAUUUAUAUCCUAUCCCCACCCCUACCUCCUGAAUUUCAUGAGCUCUAGCUCUGAGUCCUACAAAUCAGUUCACAUUUCCUGUCACAGAGUAGUGGGGAGGUCAGACAAAGGUGUGGGGGAAUCAGAACCUACAGCUAGGUGACUGAGGUGCCCCUCAUGGGGAAAAGAUGGAGGCAUUUCCCUGGAAAUUUCCCAAGUGAGGGCUUUUCCACACUUAACUUUCCUCUGCUUAUUUCCAGGCAUGGUCCACACUUUAAAGCUCUGUGUCCAAGCGCAACCUCCCCUUUCUUCUUUUUGCUCCAGAGCUUUCUGAACCAAAAAUCUGCUCUUUAAAGCCGAAUCGGAGCAAAUUGCAGAAAACCUGCAGAAAACCCAAAUUGAUGUUUGCUCCGAUUGAGCGCUGAAGAGUAGGUUUUUGUGGGAAAUACUCCAGGGCAACAACAAUGCUCUUAUACGGAGCAUUAAAGUGUGGGCCUGUACCUGGAAAUAGCAUUGCAAAAGGUAAGUGUGGAUGAGUCCUUGGGCUUAACUACCAGGGGAAGAUGCUUGUUGGGGAAAGCCUCUUAAUUUCUUUCUCAGAAUUAAUUAACAGCUGAAUAGAGGUACCUUCACUUGCUUAUUAUUUAUUUAUAUAAACUAUUUCCAGCCAGAAGGUAAUCCCAGAGCAGCUUGCAAUCAUGAAACAUUAAAACCUCAUAUGUAGUAAAACAACAAACAAAAUAGACAUUAAUAAAAAUAAUAAAAUAUCAGAUACACUUGCAUUAGGUAUACCAAAAGUUUCUGGGGACUCAUUACGCUUGCAGUGGGCUUAUUUUACUCAUCAUUGUUUACAUUGUGGGUAGGUGGGAAGACAUGAAACUAUGGAGAAGGUCCUAUUAAAACCACUGUAGCUUCCUCUGGUUCCUUGGCAAUGGCACCACACUCAUUUGUUUGGCUAUGUGCAAAAUAAACAAAGGGCAGCAUUCAGCUGUGUGUAGACUCUUUGAAAUGAAUGAGAAGGACUAAGUUAGGUCCAUUGAAUUUCAGUAGGUCUGCUUUGAGUGGAACCUAGUUGAAUACCACCCACGGUUCUCAGGUUUGUGUGGAGCUCCAGCUGAACCAAGCUUCUCGAUAGCAAGAGGUUUGCUGCUCUGGGUCUGAAGCAACUCAAGUCAUCUCUAUAUCCCCGGGGCUCGUAAGUCCCCCUGUGUGAAAUAGAACUCCUGCUUUUGAAUAAUACUUUACUUUUACGGUAGUGUGGCCUUCAAUUAGAACCGACUCCCUUGCUGGCUUAUGCAAUUUGGUAAUCCAUCCUCCAUGAUGAGGACUGUGGCUGGGUGAUGCCACCACACAUCUCAUACGGAAAAAGUGUCCCAGCUGAUGGAGACUUUAGCAUCCUGGACCCAGACUAGGGCACCUCACAAACAGGACAGGCCCAUGUCAUUGGCAAAGUGAGGCGACUAAGAUUGAGGGAAGAUAAAGCAGGUCCAUUUGAUGUGGGCAUUGUGCUUUUCUACAAACAGGCAAGAGUCCCUAGCCGCUGCACUUUUUGCCUUAAUCAAAGCAACAAUGCCCACUUAUUCCAUGGGUCUGGCCCCUUAGUCUGGCCCUGCUUGGUCCUCUUGGGAGGAUUUUGUGCCAACACCUUCUUUUAUCCUUUGCCUAGUGUCUCCUUGCCACAUCACCGAGACAUCAUCCGGAAUUGUGCGGUCAGUGUGGAUCAAAUCCAAGAUCUCCACUCUUCAAUGUCUCCCAUCUCUGAGAGCCCUGCAACUGCAGCCUACAGCACAGGUAGGAACGGUUUUCAAAGAACAAAAAUAAAAUAAAAUGGAGUGUGAGAGAAAUAUUCAACGUAUAAUAAAGAGUAAUCACAAUGGCAUGUGAGAACUUCUCCCUACUGUUUAUAAAGCAUUUUUGUCCUGGUCUUUAGCCCAAAACUUUCUGGUCCUUUCCAGAUUAUCUUUUAUUAAGUCCUCCUACAGAAAUGGGCUGAGUAAUUGUUUAGGGGACUCUUUUGGCAGAGGUUGCUGCUGUUGUUGCUUUUAGUUUUUAUCUUUAUUUUGGAUCUUUUAUGUGGAAAUUGUUCAGUUUGGUUGUGUACUUUCUGUUGCUUUGUUUAUUGUUUAUGACUACUUUUUGUUAUGUUUAUAGUUAUGUUGGAAACGGCAUUGAGCAUAGUUUUAACUUUGGAAAGGCAGCAUACAAAUAAAUGAUAAUUUGUCUGCACAAAACUUGCAGGGAGGUCAUAUGAUGUCAACUAUUGAACGUUCAUUCUGAUUUGAUUGUGGGGGGUGGGGUUAUACUAUGCUGUGUUAAGUAAUUAUUAUCCCGCACUUCACAAUGCUUUUUCUGCAGGUUAAGUAGUCGAGGGCUGAUUUCUUGGCCUAUGAUAAAAACCCUUCUGUUUCUACUGCCAAACCUUUCAGAAGAGAAUUUGCAACAGUUUGGCACCAUUUUUGAGUGAAUUGGAUGUCAGUUUUUUGGUGAAAUUGUUAUAAAGCGGCAACAUGGGCACACACAGAUGAUUGCGUGGACCUCAUAACAUGUUACCGUUGCAAACCAAAUACUUGUUUUGCUGCCUGUGUCCACUCUUACAAUAAAAAACCCCCUUUCUCUACCUCUGUUUGCAGUUACUCGGCUAAAACCACAGACUGGCCAAGCGGGCAGUGGCAUAACCCCGUCAUCCCCUGUCAUAAGACGCUCCAGUGAACCACAGCUGUGCCAAGGAAAUGGUAGCAAGGCUGACCAGUCUGACAGCCCCCACUCGACCCCUUCCCAUGGCUACUCAAGGGCCUCUCCUUCUCCCUCGGUCAGCAGCUAUAGCGAUCCGGACACAGGACAUUACUGCCAGCUCCACCCUCCUUCCCCAGUUCAGUGGGACAGGCCAACUGCAGAGGGCAAACAGAUGCCAGCCAAGAGCUACGUUGAGAGGCUAAAAGGGGACGAGGGCCAGAGAGGGCUUGCUCUGAAUGGUUCUGACGUGGAGGUGGGGCCCAGGAAGAGGCUGGAUCUGAACAGUGUGGGCUUUGUUGUCCCUGUUGUGGAAAGGACCUCCUCCUUCAACCCAGCUAUCUUCCAGUCGCUCCUUAUCCCUCUGGAAAACAAGCCCCUGGAGAUGGCAGUGCUCAAGAAGGUCAAGGAACUCCUAGCAGAAGUGGACGCCAAGACUCUGGCCAAACAUAUCACCCAAGUGGAUUGCCUGGUAUGGGAUUUUGGGUUGCUGGUGGCCUCUUUGGGCUGCCUCUCGUUCAGGAUAGGGCCAGUUAGUACCAGCUGUGCUGGUGGCAUUGCUUUAAUAAUAAUAAUAAUAAUAAUAAUAAUAAUAAUAAUAAUAAUAAUAAAUAUAUUUAUACCCCGCCCAUCUGGCUGGGUUUCCCCAGCCACUCUGGGCAGCUUCCAACAAAGUAUUAAAAUACCAUGGUCUAUUAAACAUUAAAAGCUUCCCUAAAGAGGGCUGCCUUCAGAUGUCUUCUAAAAGUCUGGUAGUUGAUUGUCUCUUUGACAUCUGGUGGGAGGGUGUUCCACAGGGCGGGUGCCACUACCAAGAAGGCCCUCUGCCUGGUUCCCUGUAUCUUGGCUUCUCGCCGCAAGGGAACCGCCAGAAGGCCCUCGACACUGGACCUCAGUGACCAGGUAGAACGAUGGGGGUGGAGACGCUCCUUCAGAUAUACUGGACCGAGGCUGUUUAGGGCUUUAAAGGUCAACAGCAACACUUUGAAUUGUGCUCGGAAGCGUAUUGGGAGCCAAUGUAGGUAUUUCAAGACCAGUGUUAUGUGGUCUCAGCGGCCACUCCCAGUCAUCAGUCUACUGCCGCUUUCUGGAUUAGUUGUAGUUUCUGGGUCACCUUCAAAGGUAGCCCCACAUAGAGCGCAUUGCAUUUGGACACUGGGAAUUCUGUUUGGGUGAUCAGCUCUGGGCUGACCUGCACAUUCAGAGAAAGCACAUGUAGGUUGGUCACCAGUCUUAUAUUCCACAUUGAUAUGAUGUGACAAUAUGCCUGGGUCCUUGUAGGAAAUUAAAGUGGAAAUUAAGGUGGAGCCAAAAGGAGGAUUACCUCCACUGGACAAUCCUGCUGGGAAGGGGGCGCUAACUUAUGAGAGGGCAUACCAGAGAGCACCAUGCCAAGGGCCCCCAGGGUCUUGUGCCCCCAGCCCCAAUUUUCCCUGCCCCUCCGUAUUUCAAUCACAGGUUCAUGGAAAAUUAAUGGCUGCUAAUUUAUUUUAAGUCUCAUUACACAGGAUGGGACUCUCUGGGCUUUAAGUGUUUGCACUGUGAUGCCCGUCUCUCUUGUCAGCGCCAAGUGUUUAUUCACUGGCUUGGCAAGCAGACCUACCAAAAUUGUCCCAGGAGUAAGCCUGUCCUUGGCUGGUCCGGAACAGACGCUUAUCUGUUCUUCCCAGCCUGAAGCCGACAGCCUGUCACAAGAGAAUUUUGCUGAGCCCGUCCCCAAAUGUUUUGCACAGCAGCUGAAGUUGCCAGAGUGAGGCAACCUGCAGGAGGACAGCCUUUCUCCAUCUUGCCUUCCUCCUGCUCAGAGACACCCCUUGCUCCAGAGGACACAGACCCAGCUCUGUGACCUGUUUAAUUAUUGCCUGUUAUACAGGCAUGAAAGGGACGUGGGUGGCGCUGUGGGUUAAACCACAGAGCCUAGGACUUGCUGAUCGAAAGGUCGGCGGUUUGAAUCCCCGCGACGGGGUGAGCUCCCGUCGUUCGGUCCCAGCUCCUGCCCACCUAGCAGUUCGAAAGCACCCCUAAGUGCAAGUAGAUAAAUAGGGACCGCUUUCUAGCGGGAAGGUAAACAGCGUUUCCAUGUGCGGCACUGGUGCUGGCUCGCCAGUUGCAGCUUCAUCACGCUGGCCACAUGACCCAGAAGUGUCUUCGGACGGCACCGGCUCCCAGCCUCUUGAGCGAGAUGAGCGCGCAACCCUAGAGUCGGUCACGACUGGCCCGUAUGGGCAGGGGUACCUUUACCUUUACCUUAUACAGGCAUGAAGGACUCUGGGAAAGGGAAAAAUCAGCACUGUCCAAGCCAUUCUGUAUGCUCAACACAGCUAGUCCUAGGAAUUGUGAAGGGGAGGGUCAAGGCUCUGCGUUAGGUCCACUGCUGCUGUUUUUUUACAAAAUUAUUUUUAGUUCGUGCAAAAAUGCAGAUAAGUGGGAUAUAAAGCUGAAAUAGCAUCAAUUCAGAACAAUGAUUUGUGGUUGCAGAGAUUCUAACAAAUAACAAUUGUUUCUCCAGUGACUUUUUUAGUAACUAAAAAUAUCACCACCAUCAUCAUUAUCAUCAUCAAUCCUUUGCAUUGUGAAGAUUCCCUUCUGCAUCCAAGGAUGGAAAUCAAACCACUUUCCCCCUCUUUGUCGCAGGUUGCUAGGAUACUGGGCGUUACCAAGGAGAUGCAGAGGCUCAUGGGAGUGAGCUCAGGGAUGGAGCUACUCACCCUGCCCCACGGACAUCAACUUCGGCUUGAUUUGUUGGAAAGGUAGAGUUCGAGGGGCAGGCAGACAAAAGAGAUGCUUUGGGCUGGGUGGGCAGGUCCCUCGUUGCGAAGCACAGUCCUGCAAUGUCUGUCUCUCCUGCAGAGAUAAGGGCUGCUGCCUUUUAGGCAGCACUGUGGAGAUUCAAGGGCAGGAAAUGCGAAACUAGGUGCAGAGUUUAGCAUUCUGGCACUCUGAGCUUUUGCUUUUAAAAAAAAUCUAGCCCUUAAGGCCCUUAAGAAACCCAUUGCCCAAAGGUUCUGAAUGCCCAGGUUGCUGGCUGGGGAAGUAGAAAUCUGGAAGCGCUUCUUCUACACCCCUUUCUUUGCUUCCAGCUGGCUUCCUCACUUCCUUCCCUCUUCUCCUUCCUUAGGUUCCAUACCAUGACCAUAAUGAUUGCUGUGGAUAUUCUGGGCUGCACAGGAAGCAUGGAAGAGAGGGCUUCCCUUCUUCACAAGACCAUCCAGCUGGCUGCUGAGCUGAAGAGUACCAUGGGCAACAUGUUCAGUUUUGCUGCUGUGAUGGAUGCCCUUGAAAUGACCCAGGUACUUGUGUGAGCACAAGCAAGUGGCCUUUUUUUUGGCCACUGCCCCACCCCUACCCACAGCUUGCAUUUUUGCUGAUCUCUGGAAUCCCCUGCAGUCCAUCAGCAAAUUGGGCUACCAGCAUCCUCGUAGAAGGAGUUUGGACUUUGGAUACUACCAGAAGCUCCAUUAAACAGGUGUGCAAGACACCCUCGCUGGCUUUUUGAGUGUUUCCAGUCAGGCCUGAAGACCUGAAGCAGGACAGAUGUGCAGUUUUGACCCAGCAUGAGCCCCAGGCAGACAUCGCAGUGGAUGUGCAAAGAAAUAAAGAAAGCGGAGUUUCCAGGCUCUUACGCUUAUUUGCAUUUCUGGAUGAUAUCCAAAGCCCCUUUUAGAAACCAUGAGAAGGAGCCCAAGGGAACCAGAGAGACACCCCAAAUCACCAUAAAUCACCCCAGCAAACCUCUCAGUACAGGGGCUUUGUGAGCCAGGCCAGGUUUUAUGCAGUAUCCCUUCCAGGCAUAGGUUGCUCACCUGCAGCCCUCACAAUGUGUUUUGUGUUCUUCUUUUUUUUGUAUUUUUAUGUUGUGAACUGUCCCAUGAUCUUUGGGUGAAAGGAGGUAUACAAAUUUAAUAAAUAAAUAGCUCUGCUUCAGUGCCCCUCCCCUUAUGUUUCCCUUUCCCCCUUGGCUUUCAGAUCUCACGUCUGGAGCAGACCUGGAUGGUUCUACGCCAGCGUCACACGGAGGGAGCUAUUCUCUAUGAGAAGAAGCUGAAGCCUUUCCUUAAAAGCCUGAACGAAGGCAAAGGUAAGCUUUGGAAGUAAGCUACCCACCCCCCAUCUUGGUGAGCCUGCCCUCAGGUUUCACUCCCUAUUAGGUUACGCAGAGUCUGCUACUCUGCUGCAUCAUCUAGUUUCACAUGUUGUGUUUGUUACUUAACAGACAUGGCCGGCUCUAUGAUGAGACAAAGUGAGGCAGCUGUCUCAGGCAGCAGUCGCUCAGGGGCGGGGAGUGGACUGAGCUGGGAUUACAAUGCAGCCUGCACCUGGAAGGCACAGUCCUUUCAGCAGUACUGGAGUAAGAUUCAGCUACCAGUCCAGUUGGCUUCUGUAUACGUCUUGGAGUAGAGUGCCAUCAUGUCUUUUGCCUCAGACAGCAAAAUGAAAGAAAUGCUUAAGUUUUGAAACUAAUAAUAAUAAUAAUAAUAAUAAUAAUAAUAAUAUCUUUAUUGUCAAUGUACAACCUGUGUACAAUGAAAUUAACCAAGCCUCCCCCCCCCACUCAAUCUCAUUGCACUCUGUGUGCUUGUCGCACAACACACCAACCCUGAAAGUCAGUUGCACUAUAUUAUUUUCCGUUCAGCAGCCUAACAGCCCACAGAUAGAAACUGUUUUUAGCCUGGCGGUACGACUGAUUAUACUUCUGUAUCUCCUGCCCGAGGGUAGAAGAUUAAAGAGGUGCUAGCCGGGGUGUGAAUCGUCCCUGAGAAUUUUUCUCGCUCUCCUAAGGCAAUGAUCCCUUGUGAUGUCAUCUAGCAGGCUCAGGGGACAGCCCAUGAUAUCAUGCGCUGUGUUCACCGCCCUCUGUAAAGACUUUCUGUCCAUGGCUGUCAAGCCAACGUACCACACUGUGAUACAAUACGAGAGGACACUUUCUAUUGUGGACCGGUAGAAGGAGGUCAUCAAUUGUUGUUUAACAUUGUUCUUUCGCAAGACCCCGAGAAAAUGGAGUCUGUUGGGCCUUCUUAACCACCUGAGUUUAUAUUGUUUUUCCAAGUAAGGUCUUCACUAAGGCAAACUCCCAGGAAUUUAAAGGAAGAGUCUCUCUCCACACACACACCCCAAUAUACAACAGGGCUAGUUUCCCUCUCUUCCUCCGAAAGUCCAACACCGUCUCCUUUGUCUUGCUGAUAUUAAGGUGCAAGUUAUUCUCUAGGCACCAUGUAGAAACUAGCCUUGUAUAUUUAUCUGUCUAGUGUUGUUUGUGCGAGCAUUAGCAAAUAUUUCAUAGAAUUGUAGAAUUGGAAGGGACCCCAAGGGUUAGCUAUUCCAACCCCCUGCAAUGAAGAAAUCUCAGCUAAAGGAUCCAUGACAGAUGGCCAGCCAACCUCUGCUUAAAAACCUCCAGUGAAGGUUUUGCUUUUAAUUCUAUGCUGUGAUCCAGUGCGCAUAGCAAAGAAUUUGCAUGCGAGAGACAUAGAAACAUGGGAAGCUGCUUUAUGCCAGGCCCACGUUGUCCAGCAUUAUCUGCUUGAUGAGCAGCAGCUUUCUAGAAUCUAGACCAUCGUCAUUAUCCUCCUCUAAACCACUUUUACAUUUUUCUUUAAGCACAGUGCCCAGAACUGGCCAUAGUACUCCAGGUGACUAAUGCAGUACAAUUUCUUUAAUAUUGCCAGGGAAGGGUUGGUGGGCGUAGCCGGAUUAGUAUAGUGCAGACCAGGAGCCUCAAACUUGUAAACAGAGUAUUUCUGAAGGGCUGCAGCUAGUCAAAAGGAAAUGGUGCAGGGCAAGAUAUGCAGUGACAGCUCAGCUCCUCAUAUAAAUAAAUCCUUUUGCUUUCUUCUUCCAGAAGGCCCCCCAUUGUCCAACACUACCUUCCCACACAUAGUGCCCCUCAUCACACUUCUGGAACGGGACGCAGCAGUUCCAGAAAACCCCGAGCCCUGGGAAAACUUGGACAAUGGUGUGGAGGUAGUCAUGGCCCACCUGGAAGCGGCACGAAUGGUGGCUCAUCAUGGCGGACUGUACCACACCAACGCAGAGAUGAAGCUGCAGGGUAAGGAAGGCCAUGUGGAACAAAGCUCAGCUAAGAGCAUGUUGGGAAGACAGAGCAGUGUGUGCCCCGUGGCCUGUUCUGCACUCCCUAAACUAGCCUGCAGCCUUCAGGCAUCCUGAUGCCAAUGUUGAACUAAGAUUGAUCUGCCUGUCAACUUGGCUUCUGCAUGCGGAAUGUAGCAGGGGACGGUGGCAUCUUCUCCUUUGCCUUGAGUAGCAAUAUGUUUGGGGUCCUCAUGGAUCACCAGUCAGUGCUGGAGUUAGGGUGGUACAGGUGUUUCCAUCCUACAGGUGUCAAAAAGGGGUGCAAAACAACAACAACAAUCCCCAUAUUUAUAUGGAUACCAACCAGAAGGAAUUGUUGUCAAAAUAAGAAAUAUUUGUGCCCUCAGACCCUUAAGCAUUCCCAUGUGGUUUCUCUCUUUGAAUUAGAAACAACAACAACAACAAUAUAUUAUUUAUACCCCGCCCAUCUGGCUGGGCUUUCCCAGCCACUCUGGGCAGCUUCCAACAAAGUAUUAAAAUACAGUGGUCUGUUAAACAUUAAAAGCUUCCUAAACAGGGAUGCCUUCAGAUGUCUUCUAAAAGUCUGGUAGUUGUUCUUCUCUUUGACAUCUGGUGGGAGGGCGUUCCACAGGGCGGGUGCCACUACCGAGAAGGCCCUCUGCCUGGUUCCCUGUAACUUGGCUUCUCGCAGUGAGGGAACCACCAGAAGGCCCUCGGAGCUGGGCUUCAGUGUCCGGGCAGAAGGAUGGGGGUGGAGACGCUCCUUCAGGUAUACUGGACUGAGGCUGUUUAGGGCUUUAAAGAUCAGCACCAACACUUUGAACUGUGCUUGGAAACGUACUGGAAACGUUGGAAAAGUGCUUCUCUACAAGCAUGCUUGUUCUUUCAUUACAGGCUUCCAGCCUCAGCCAGAGCUGCUUGAGAUCUUCAGCACAGAGUUCCAGUUGCGCCUCCUGUGGGGCAGCCGAGGGGCCGAGAGCAGCCAGAGUGAGCGCUACGAGAAGUUCAACAAAGUUCUAACAGCAUUGUCCCACAAACUGGAACCGGCAGUGCGAUCUAGUGAGCUGUAGCCCAACAAUGUGAGCUCUGGGCACGAACAGCAAGGGAAGAGCAGGGUGCAGAGAGCUGCUAGCACAUUCCUCUCUACAUCAGCCUUGGUAGGAUGUUGCCAUUGUGGGAAGUAAAUCUCAGGCUGGGCAUGGGGAAGCCCCAUGGUUAGUUUCUGCCCAUAAAAACAUCUUAAGAACAAAGUAGCCAAGCCAGAAGUUGGCUGUAGUAAAAUGGGCCUUUUCCUGCAUGAGUUACUGACAAUCAACAUACGAUCUGUACAGGGCUGGCUUCCUCCUUUUAAAGGUUGGCAGUGACAUGGCUCCUCUCACCUACCACUGGCGCCUUUUCAAGCAGUGUAUGAAGGAUGCUUUGCUCAGAUUGGUUUAAUAGCCAGAGUAAAUAGCAUUUAAGGCCUAUAGCGUGGUUCAUGGUUGGUUCAAAAACUCAUCAGUAUGAGGUAGAACCUUGCAUCAACUUGCACCUGGUCAAAACGGACCUUUACACCUCACAAUUGCAUUUGAGUCCAGAGCAGAAAUCUGGUCCCCUUGCUACCUUGCUGUUGAAGUAUAAUCUAGACUGGCCAGUCUCUUGUCAGCUCUUUGUUUUGUCCUCCAUCAAAAUUAAUGAAGGCAAAAAGGCCCCUGGCAUAUCCAGUCAGUGCUGACUCCCUAUUUUGAAUGUUCACAGCUGUUCCUGGGUCCAGUAAGUUAAGCAUGGGGUUUCUUCAGGGCCACAACUCCAGGUAUUUAGCAAAUAAGGCCUUAAGGGUUUUUAAUUACACAUAAUGAGGAAGACAUGGCUGCUGCUGACCAUCAUCCCGCCUACCACUCUCCAACAUUUGGUAAAAGCAACUAGUGAUAUGUCCUUACAUUCGGCAUUCCUCAUAAUGUGUAGACAGACCCUCGCAUAUGCCUCUCUCCCCUGAAGCUUAUAAUAUGCCUGAGUCCCCAUUUCCACCUUUUAACAUCUUAAAAUUUUAUUUUGCUUUGCUUCAGGGUUUGUUUGUUUGUUUGUUUCAGGGCCUUUUUCUGCUUGUAAAUAAAAAGAUCCACGUUGGGAGUGUGAGUGUGUGUGUAUUUGUACUCAAAAGGGACAUCUUGUAAAUAAUUACUUGCCUCUUUAUUUUUUUUUUCUUGUAAAUUAAUGUACAUAUACCAUGGAGUGUCUUCUCUUGAUUUUUGCAUACAAUAAACUUUUAUGCUUUUUUUCUUCA